CUCAGGCUCUCCAUCAGGUAGGCCCAGGCGAGCUAUUGAGUGCUCCUCUCAUCUCAUCGCAUCUGAAAAACCUAGCGAAGGAGUGUGUGUGUGUGUGCGCGCACCUGUGUGGCUAUUUUUGUAAGAGAGCACGAGUUAAGCACAUUUGUUUGUAAGAGGGCCCAUUCAAUCAACUAAGAGAACGGUUAAUAUCAAAGUGUGCGAUAUUUUAUCGCAGGUCUCUUUCUGGCGUGCGAGGAUUUGAUUUUGACACUUUUUCGAAAUCUCAGCAGUGCAGUGAAAUGUCUGCAUUUAUUAAGAAACAUGACAGUAAGUUUAUCCUUCAAAUUCUUGCUUUCAAAGUGGACAUGUAAGGCAUCAUUUCUUACUCUAAACCUGACCAUCACAUUUCAAGAGACUAGUCUGCAGUGUGGCUGUACUGCCUGUACUGCCGUGUGUUGUAUAUUGAACUUUUAUCAGUCAAACAAUAAGGCUUGCAGGCACAUCAGCCAGAUUAAUCAAUUCCACCCUUAUUUAGAUAAAGCAAAUGGAAAGUAUUUUCCUUCCACUAUUUUGAAAUGUAGCUCUCAAGGUGGUCCUCAGCGUGAGCUUGGAGGACUGAUUGGUAUGAUAGUGCAGUGCUGUACACGUUCUCUCAAAGUAGACGCUAUAUGGUUUUCCCAGGGCUUGUGGUCAAUUGUGAAAUCCCGGUUUACACAGGCUCUUUGCUUUGGGAUCGUUUUACAACAGAAGGAAAAGAGGUGAAUGGAGCAGGCACUUCCAAGAAAGCAGUUAGGUGUGGUGAGGAAUCAGAUUUGAGAUUUUUUCCUUUCAUUCUCCCCACACAAAGGUCACUGUUUGGGAACCCACUGAGUUUUAUUGUCUCUGGGAAUUGUUUUCAGGUCUCAUUUCAGAGUGAUAUGUCCUCAUCUGGCUCUCUGUCUUUUAUAUCAAAAAGGUGAAGUGAAAACAUCCCCUUUGUCUGGGAUCUGGUUACGUAGCAUGAGUCAUUUUUAUAACGUGCCAGCCUCUGCUGUCAGGAUGUUUUUGUUCUGAUCCCUUUUAGUUACUUAAAGCUACAUCUGCUAGAAAAAACAGCCGAGCUGUUACAGUGUUCAUUUUCAUAUUGGACUCUAAAUGUAAAUCAAACUCUACGUUUCUUUUGGGGUUUUUGUUCUCUCUGGCCCUGAAAACAUUUUGUGGUAGCUUUGAUGCAACAACUUAGAGAUAGUCCUGUGCCAAGUUUGCUACUGCUUUUGAUGACUCAGGGUGACAUCAAAUGUUUCAUUAUUUCUGUCCAGGUGCUUUUCAACCUUGCCACUGCUAUUACUCUUCUUGUAUCACUCCAGCACUGAAACAGCUACAAAGUCUCUGAAUUGGUCAUACACAUCGCAUGUUAGUCAGAUGUGUUUUGCCUCCUCAUGGCCUUAAGGUUCUCAUUAGCAGCAGAGCGUUGUGUCAGAAGGUGGUCUCCAUGUUGGCCACAGUGACGGCAGUUUUUAGUCAGUCAAUAUGUUUUCAAGUAACACAAGAGAGCAGGUUAAAGGGAUAAAUCAGUUUAAAUUAGUUUUAACGAGUGGGUUUAAUGGGAACUGAUAUAAACUGGUUUGUGUAAAUCCGUAUUUGUCAUGCAGUCAUCAGGUGUUUCAAACCUGCUGGCAUCUUAUCAAAGACAUCUGUAUGUUAAGUACUGUCAUACUACAUUGUAUGUACUGAGCAGGAGGCUCUUAAGUGAACAGCAUAAGCUUGUAACAUGCUGCUCAUCUAGAGAUACUCAGACCCAUCGCUUAAAAGCGUCCGUGAAGAACUUUUGGUUUGAUCCAUUUUGGCGCCCCUUGUGGACUAAGCAGUCUUUGUUUGGAUUUUUGACAAAAAAAUUGCAGAUUUUCCAAACUUAUAUGUAUUAUUUUUAAAGAAUAUUUUGCAAGAAAAUUGUUAAAGCAGGAAUGUUUCUACCCCCCCUGCAGCAGUUUCAGUGUUUAAAAACUGGUAUAUAAAAAUCUUCAGUCUCGUUGCUCAUAAUCUUGUUUGCUUUUGGACAUCCAGACAUAAGACAAUAUUUUUUUAAUGAUUCUUUCAAUACUGAUUGUGUUAGUUUCAGUGUUAACUGAAUAUAUUCAAAGCUGACUGCUACAGUAUAAUCUGAGUUAAAGUUAUAUCACACACUGUAGUGUACACACAAUAUUCCACAUGUAAAAAUCAUAAUGCCAACCUUCGCUUCCUGCUCUUGGAUUGGUUGGUUUAAUCAAUUGUUGCAUGAUUGAAUAAAUGUACUGGACAACAAAUGAAUUUUUUUUUCUGGUAGUUUCUUGACCAAGAGUUACAAGCAUCAAAUCUGGUCUGUAAAAUAUACUGCUAAAAAUCUGAUUAAAAGUAACAUUUUGUUUUUUUCAAUGAUUAUUGAGGGAAAGUGAAAGAGUUCAGUGGCAACAACCAAAAUCAGCUCAAAUGGUGAUUUUGCUAAUUCGAAAACUGUAGAGGGUCAAAACAAGAAGGAUAAUUUGAACAUGAAGAGAAUGAAUCUUUGAUCAGCCAGUGCUAGCAACACUUUUGCUUCUCCUUGACUUUGAUAUGGGCUGUUUGUGGUUGUUGAUGUAUUACUUUUUUUUAAUACCAAUCUCUUUAUCUAAUUUAAAAUACCUGACUUUUUAUUGUCAUAUUUUUGAAGAAAAAAAAUAAAAUAAAACACAGCAUUCUGAUAAUGACACAGGAACAAAAAUGCUCAUAAACGCACUGAGAAUGAUUGAGUGUCUUCUUCCCUGGCCUCAGACCUCUCUCAGCAGGGUUUAUCUCAGAUGGAUGGGGUCAUUGCCCCGUCUGCCACUGUAUGCCCUCCUCCCACUUCUUAAACCCUCCAUCACAUUGACACUCGGAUGGACAAUUUGUCGCUUAUGUUCCCUAAAAAAAAAUCAGAUAUCUUCCGUGCAUGUGUAUAAACUCACCCACAGCAAAACACAUGCAAACAGUUGCAGAGCUAAUACUAUUAAACACUCAAACAACAUAAACACUGCAUCAUUAUCUUCAUACUCCCCUCAUAGCCAGACAGCAAAUUAAUGAAAGUCAGUGACCAUAAACACAGUCUCCUUGUUUGUACGUUCUUGUGGGAAAAAAAAAACAUUUUGUAAAUGAUUUUUAAAAACAAAGGAUAAAUCAGGACAGUGUAAAAUUCAAGUUUAUCUGCAGCUAAUUGCCACGACACAGAACAGAACAUUUUAAACAUGGUCCUCACUGUGCUACAUUCCACAUGCUGAUAGCGGUAUUGGACCACCAAGGUCUUAAAGUAUACUUACAUGACUGGAGAUGUACAAAGACACUGAUAAAAUGUGGCUCUCCACAGCUUAUCCAUCAUCUUCCUGUCAGAGAGGCACGGUGUGUCUGUGAGGUGGUGUCUUUGAUUUAACAAAACCAUGAGCAACACUUCAGUGCUUGACCAUGGUCUCUCAAGGGUGAGGACCUGUUUUACAACAAAAUUUACUCAUCUUGCAGAGGCACGAUCUCUUUAGGAGAAACAAAAUAUUCACAAUGAGAUCUUGUGAUACAAAAGAGUGCCUCUGCAUGUUUAUGGAAAGAUACAUUACAGUUUAGGGCUGUCAUAACAUCUGAUUUAUACAGUAUUUAUAAUACUUGUAAAGAACUUAAAUACAAAGAAAACCACUUAAAGUCAAAUUUACUCUGAACUGAUAUUUUGUAACUUGGCUUUAAGAUUACAACAAAUAACUUCAAGUUACAUUUCCAAUCCCAGGGACAUAUGAACAAAAACGUGGUCUGUCUUGGACAGGUUGGUGGUGUUUCCUCUGUUGUUCUGCAAGAUCCACUGCCACUCCAACUAUGAACUAGUUGAAAGAUUGUUUUAAUCCUCACAGGUACUGAUAUAUUGCUAGUCAAGCCUUGUUCUGAUUCCCUGACUGGUUUCUGAACAAAGGGUCCUGAGCUGGCUAGCAAUCCCUUUGGCUAUUAAAAUUACUAUUGGCAAGUGCCUCAUAUAACCGCACUUAAAAAAGAGAACUAUCCCUUUAAAUGCAAUCUGUACCACUGACCUUAAAUUUCAAGCACUCUUAGUUUUGAUUUGAGCACUUUGGUCAACGUGAGCUGUUCCAAGACGGUCUUACGAAUGAACAUGGCUCGACAUGUCCUUUGUAUUGGUGCGGCUGUUUAAAAUCAUACUGAUGUCUCAAAACGAAACACAAAACAGGAAAAAAGACAUUUUAAUGUGCGCUCUCAGUGACCCGGCCUUAAAGGUAGGGGGUCCUUUUUGAAAUCCAUCUGCUACAUAAUUUCGAACAGCAAUACUGUAAGUGUGUGAGUGGCUUGUCUAAGCAGGUGUUUGACUUCAGUGCUCAAAGUUGUGUAGCUUGUGCUCACUCUAAAACGCUGUUUUUUUUUCUUCAGCCUUUGGCAGAGGAAUAUAAAGGAAAUAAGGAUUCUUGCCAACAUUAAGCCACAAACGGAUUUAGUAUUCCUUUGACACAAUGUCUUUGAUUAGUGAGGCUGUUAUGAUUUUACAGGCCAAGACAUAGAAGCCAUAUGGCAUGUUUUUUAUUAACAUGCUAAAUGAACUGAGCCUUUAUGCUCUUGUGCUGCACUCAGCCCACCAAAAGAGCUCUGUAAAUUCCAAUAUCCAAGGGAGAAUUGACCAAACUUGACAAUGUGAGUGAGAUAAACCAGCAAGCAAAUUAGGGAAUAGAUUGAUCAUAAAUCAUUUGUGCACCACGGCGUAAUGCUCAGAGCGUUUCAACACUUGUCUCUCCUUGAGAAAGUGGAUUCCUACCAGUCUUUCACAACCUGUGGCUUGCAUGAUGUCUCAAGGAGAGGGAGGCUGCCAAGUAUCCCUGCGUACUCCAAAUGUUUGUGUGGUCAAGUGGACAGUGAUGUUACGUUUGGAUCCCAUCAAUGAUGUUCAAACACUCUUGAACUUGCCUCAUGAUUUCCAUUAUGCUUGUAUUCAUGGAGAGGAUGCCUUUUCAUUGUCUGUUGUGGCUGCUGCAGAACUCGGUGGCUUCAAAGUAAAUUCAAAUUAUGACCCUGAAACUUUGUAAAAAGCAAAGAUUUUAAAAAAAAUUCUUUAAAUCACUUCUGAUUGUGUCGAUUUAGUUAGAGGACAUGCCUUGGCUAGGAGCUCAGUUAAGGGAUCUUUCUUCAGUUUGUGCCAAUAAUGUCCUAACUCUCUCUACUAUGGGAUAUGUGGUUGCUUUACGGCUCUCUGUCAAGGCCUGUGAAAAAUUUGAAGUCUUUUGAGUCAGUGUAGUUCUUUAUUUCUUAUUAUGAUCUCUGUUUAUUACACAGCCCAUUCCUUUUCUUUGUCUGUCUUUGUUCUCACAUGGUUAUUUUGUUCAGCUGACGUUGGUUGGCUCCCAAAAACAGUGCAGUAUUAUCUGAUGACAGUAACAGUAUUUGGCAGUAUGGGUAUCCACGGUCACAGUAUACAAACUUCUAUCAUUAUUGGAACAUAGCUCAGUUACUGUAAGCUCUCCGUCGUUUCAUCACUGCUGUAGACCUCUGCUGAAGACAAAAAAUGAAACUCGAGCGUGUAACACAGACUUACGGGCAUAAAAACAUGAAACUCAUCACAUUUAUUGGAAAUGGAGCGGUCUCCAAGAUCAACUGCAGAAUGCCGGACAUCCUUAAAUCACUGUGCCUGCAGCCUCAUUAGCAACCAGCAGAGAAGAAGAGGUUAUAUUUCAGUCAAUGUUUGCAUAACUAGUGAGUGACAGCUUCAUGUUAGACAAACACAGAGGUGUCAUAUAGGCAUCGGCCCUCACAAGGCCAUUAUCACCAUUAUCUUUCCAAACGAAAUAUGCAUUUGAAAGCAGAUUAAAUCUAAAACAGCAACUGGACAGUGUUUUUGUUGAAUAAAAAUUCUGUUAUAACAUUAAAGAAUAAUGGAGUUCAAUGAUAAUCUUAAUAUUUAAAGAAAGAAUUGUUCUUGCUAAUUUCUGAUAGCUGGGUUGUCACCUUUUUCUGUCAACAUUUAUGAUAAAACACUCAAAGGAGUUCAGCAUUUUUUUUUCGUUGGUACUAUUAAAUAACACAACAACAAAAAUGACAAUGUGAUAUUGACAGUUUAUAUUGGCCAAACUGCUCUAUCAUUGUCAGUUUUGGCCAUUGAAAGACUGAUAUUGGUUGACCACCACUCACAAUACAGGGGUGAAAAUAAAUGUGUCUCCAUACUGAUGGUCUCAUUUACCUUUUCAGGACAUCAGUUUUGAAUGUCAGUCUGUUUCAUGACAAGCUAAAAAAUCUAUACCAGCUCUUAACUGAAGCACCCACAGUAUGUUAGUUUCUCCUGAAAUAUUGUAGAAUUAAACAUUUUUAAAAAGAAAGAGGGAAAGUUAGGCUGCAGAUUUCAUGAUGAGUGGUUGUGGACACUGGAUUCACUCUCGAGUGCUGUCCCUGGAAAAGCUUGUGAUUUUGAUUUAGUGAGCAUAUUGAUGGCAGAUGUUGUGCCUCAUGGUUGUUUUGCUUAUCAGUUCAUCUGGUUGCCUCUUUUCAUUAGUGUACUUGUUCUUUCUGGUACUUUUUUUUUUAACAGUAAUAAUAACAGACCUCCUUUCCCCACCACACUGACUCAAAGUUAUCUUGCCAAAGACGAGAUAACUAAUAAAGUUAAAAAUGAAUUUAAGCUGUUCUUUUCCCUAAGUUUUCUACUAAUGUCAAGAUAACAUCAUUAUUGUGAUACUUUUGGCCAUGAUAAUAGAAAGUGAAAAUCUAGUAUCGUGGCAGUUCUGGGUUGAAUGAAACACUUAAACAGUAGCAACUUUAUGCAAAAAAGUGCCAGCAGCUUGCUCAGCAGUACUAGUGCUAUUUUGACAGUCUGCAGGUAAAAUUUUUGGUUUUUAGUCUGAGUAUGACUCUGCUUGGAGUUAGUUUUGUGCACCUGCAUUGGCUGUAUGCAGGACAACAGGCUGCAUAGAGUAAAAGAAGUGUAACGCAUCAGACAUUAGUAAUUGGCUUUCAAUUAACAACAAUGCAUCUACCAACCCAGUGAUUGAUGUGGUCUCUCAACUCCAAAAUAUCACUGCAUUUACAGCCAAAUAUUUUAUUGUCACAUGAAUAUAUUAAAGAGGCAAUGCAGUAUACAGAUAAUGCCGAUGAUAAUUGUUCAGCAGGUUGUUUGGACUGGCUGUGUGUCAGUGUGGCGACCCAGCUAAAUAUUUACUGGGUGCAGGGGGAUAAGGAGACAUACUUGGCCAAGAUUGAAUAUCUGGUUUUUGAGCUUGGAGACAAAGGUGGGGGGUGAGAUGGUGAAGUCAUCCCCACCGACUGAUGUCGUUAGCAAACCAGCGAUGCUCACUCCUGACCCUUUUACCAUUUAGGGGGCCCUGGACUGAUAGGAGUGUUAUUGACCCAGAGGCCAUGUGUGGCAUGUUUGGGGCCUGCAGAAUAUAUCCAAAGCUUUAACCUAUACAACAGAGCCAGUUAUAGCUGUGAAAGGCCAAACAAUACGAUCCAUCAGUCAGGUUUCUCGGGUAAACAGGAAUGGGCGGCCCAUGUUGGGGUGUAAACUCCAACUCCCAGAGAAGCUAAGGGUCAGUGGAGCUGUUUGAUUGUCUAAUUGGUGGGUUGGACUCAGUGUGAGUGUGUGUGUCUGAGAAAAAGAGAAAAUAAGAGAUAAAAAAGAGAGAGAGUAAGGGAGACUGUGCAAGUGUUUGUGUGUACAUGAGGGUGUGUUUGCAUCACUGCGCAAACACUACGGGUCUGGAGGCACCGAGACACCUAAUGAAUGUGUGUUUGUCCUUCAGACCCCACACACCUCUGUUUAUUUGAACAUGGGAUAGUAUUCCUGAGCUGUUUUAUCCUCCCUGUGUUUGCCACUUAACACGUGCACCGCAAGGUUGGCCUGUGCAGCACUGUGCACCACAUUUGAAGAAGGAAAAAAAAAUCUGUCGGCCUGACGAUUAUUAUAGACAAACAAACUUUAUCUUGUAGUUUGUGGAUACAGUGUUCCUCUUAAUUAUUGUUCUGUCGUCAUUAUGAAGCGGGGUGAUAAUCCAAACAGCCUCAGCGCAGACGGAGCCAAAGGCAAUGGGCCAGCGGAAGAUUGGCGGUCGGUUUAGUGUCAAUGAUGUGGGUGAUGUGGGUCAGGGAUAGCAGCAGCCAUCAUUGCACAGUGGCUAAGAGCCCAGUCAGACCACCGGGGAGGAGGCCUUCACCUCUUUCCUCAGCCAUCAAUCACUCACAUACAUAUAAGCAAAGAUAGAUACAAGCAAACACAACCAGACGCUCAUCCUCACGUCUCAUCAUUAUAUGUAAUUUACACACACCCUGAACUGGGUUUUACUAUGACGGGAAGAUGUUGAGAUUCACACAGUCCUGUAUAUUAUUCAAGCCAUAUCAUUGCCUCCCCAGCAUUGAUUGAUGCAGGAUGUGCUUUUUUUUCAUAAAUUACAAUUAUGUUCUUUCUUCUAAGUGGUGAUUCUUGUUUUUCUCAUUCCUCAAAAACUAAUAUGACAGGAAUAUGUUAAAACGGACUAGUUUCAUUCACAAUGGCUCUGUGUCAGUGAAGCAGGUAUGUCUCAGUAGGUACGUCCAGAAUUGUUGUGUUUAAAGAUAAAGUGGAGCUUUAACAGUCUUUUCUACUACAGAAGAAACUCUCUGAAAAAACAAGAAAUCAAGGAGAUAAACGCUGACCUCAGCGUGAACACUCACUGAUAAGGAGGUUAACUGCUCUUGUGUCAGGCUGGACCCUAUUUGGCAUCUUUAUCAAUACUGGUAUCAGUAUUGGUAUCAAUAUCAAAACUAGUGCCAGUAUCAAUGUAAAUUUUAAUUCCAGUAGCUACCAUAAAUCAGAAUCAUUAUUAGUGAUAAUAUGGGUAUUGGCACAGGUCUUUUAGAUUCUAUGGAUUCAGUCGUGAAAAUCAGGGUGCACAUUAUUUCGAACAAUAGACAAAAUUGUUUUUUUAUAUUGUUUUUUUGAUGAUCAGGUAAACAUACCUACAGGGUCAAUCUGUUUCAGUGACAUAUGUGUUAAACAUAAGAAGAAAAUACAAUCUAUAUGCCAAAAUAAAAACCCACCAAAGCUAAUAGGUGUUAUUUUCACAACUGGCUGUUUAUUCUUCGGUUGUUGGUUUAUCUAUCAUGUACUACAAACAAGAUCCUGGACCUGUUUGCAGUGCUUUGUCAUGUGGUGUUUCAUAUUAGCAAAAGGAUCGUCUCUGCACCAAAUCUGCACAGCAUUAUGUCAGUAAUAGUGAAGAAUAGUGAAGUGUGUCUGUGACCUCUGAGACCUCAGUGUGUCUCCUGUAUGAAGGCCUGCUGCUCAUCUGGUGUUAGCUGUUUCAUGCUGGUACAAUACCUGACAGUUAAUAAUGUUUAUGAUUAUCAGCAUGAAAUUCACCUUGAAAGUGCCGAUGACAGGGAUAAGAGGUGUGUGGAGGCGUUAAAGAACCUGUGAAAUUUGAUUUUUAUAGCAUGGUGUCUUACAUGAUGAUUUCUGAUCCUGUGAGGUGAGGGAUGAAAUUAAAUCCUUGUUUUUAAUACUUUAAUAUAGUUUCGCCAAUUGAUUUUAAAAAGAUGCUGUUUUGAAUUAGUUAUUCUUAUUCAUCUUCUAACACUUACUCACUCUGACACACACACACACACACACACACACACACACACACACACACACACACACACACACACACACACACACACAGAGGGCUGCCCUGAUGUAGCACCUCUUUAAUUCACACCAGCACUCUCUAUUCUUCGCUGGUGGUGUGAUAGUAUUCGCUGAGAGUUGUUCCUCCUGAGUCUUUCAGAUGUCUCAAACACUCCACUUCAGCGCAGGGCCUUAUUGCCCACCCAGAGAGGUUAUAGGGAUUCUCGACUGCCCUCUCUCUCCCUAAGUGGGUGGUCCUCUGGGGUAUGGCUGAGGCACAGGUGGAGCAUUGUAGGGGUGCUCACAAAAAUAACCCCCCUCAUUCCUCACCAACAACCCCCUUACCCACCCGAUUUUUUCUCUUUUUUUAUUGGGCACGCCUGCCUUACAGAAAGGUGUAUUAAAUUUUGCAAUAUCCUCCAUAAGACCGUCAAGGCACUAAAGAUGAAAUAAUGACAUGCACUCACAUACACACAAAUUAUGUGUUACAUAUUCCGGGAGAAGCUGACCAAAUAAGACACAAGAUAAUAUAAACCUUUAGUCAUCCCAUGGUGGGGAAAUUUGUAGUGUUAACAGCAGCAAAGGAUCAGCAUAGCAAACAUUGAAGAAUAAGUACACUCAUCAUGCAUUAUCAAAAGUUAUCUUAAGCCCAUAUUAAAAAGUUAUAUACAAAAAAGAGAGAAAAAAGCAACAACAACAAAAAACUAAAAUCUACACAGCAAACACAAAAGAAUUGGACAUGUUAUUGCACCUUAUUUUUCACAUUACACCUUUACUUUGUCUACUGUAUGUUUCUUAGAAGGGAUGAACUGUAAAUUGGGAGUUUCCCCUUGUGGGACUAAUAAAGGACUAUUUUAUCUGAUCUUAUCUUUAACUGAGAGCUCUGAUAUCAAACUGGUGGAUAACAUUUUUAUCACAAAGCCAUGGGCAACAAACUUGUUGCACGAAAAAAAAAAAAAAAAAAAAAAAAAAAAAGAUCCCCUCUCCCCUACCUCCCCGACUGAAAAUAUUCCCAUGCUCUGGUUUUGUAAAUAAUUAUAGUUCUGCUGAAUGUGUUUUAUAAAGUUUACAUGGUAGGUUCAGUGCACCCUAUCUGUUGUUUGGAACCCUGCAAAACCACCAGCAAGAUGUUGACAUAUGGCAGCUCUGGUGUAGUGCACAAGGCAUGGAUUACUUGGGACCAUAAUAAACAGGAGCAUAAAGAGGGAUCUGUGCUGAGCGGGUGCCCUGAGAGGGGUGGCUCUCCUCGGACCUUCUUGUCUUAAUAUCGUUGUGUCUGUCUCCAGCCUUCUGGGUAGGUGGGGAUGCUGGAUGUAAUCACACACACUCUCAUCUUAUACAAUCAGACAGCAUGGCCACCUGCUUCUAUGUGCAAACAGAGUGAUUUAUUAUUUGUGUACGAUUAGGAGAGACAAAGACCAUGUGUCCUUAUAACCGUGCAAGACCAGAUAUUAUAGUUAGCAGCUAUAUAAAGACAUAAGAAUUUCUUUUUAACCAUGUCAUGUAGUUGACACAUACACUUUUAAAGAGCCAUAUUUGUUCAGGAUUACAGCAGGUGCUUCUCAUGAAUCUGCAAUGCAAGUGCGCACAAAGACUUGGCUGUGUGCUCCAUCCACCUGCACUUUUGUAAAGAGAUGCCAGAAUUUCUGAUUCAAUGAACCAUUUAUGCUCGAGUAACAUAGUGAACUGCAUGUUCUCCACCUGUACACCAAUUCAGACAUGAAAUGCUUGUUGAGGUUUUGUUGAGCGUCUUGCUUGUAGGAAUGUCAUGUCGAGAUUGACAGCUUUGGCAAUCUUCCCAAACACACGGUGACAGCUACUCCAGGCAAUGAUGGGAUUGCUAAAUAUCCAGCUGACUUUAUGUGAGGCAGAAUAUCCGUUAUCAGAGUUCCUAUCCUCUUACGUCUCACAUAACUUCCUGCUCAGAUCUUUGCGAGAGCCAGAUGGUUACAUUGGCCACUGGGGAUAGCAAGAAGCCCAGAAAGACGGUUUUACAAUGUGCAAUUACGGGACAGAUAAACUAAACACUCAACAAAGUGAGGCAUUUCCAGAUCCCUGGCUUCCAGACUUUGAUAAGAACAAGCUGCAUUCCUUGGCCAAUUUGCUGUCUUUAAAAUUGAAAUACCAGCACUAAUGAACACAAGCUUGAAUGGGAGAUUUUUGUCUCAGUGUAAUGAAGGCAGAGCACUGUAGAUAGACUGUAAAGUAUGCCUCAGUGAUCCAUCAAUGUGUGCUUAAAAAGCUUUGCAAAGCACUCAAAGCUGUCUGAUUUGUUUUGGGCUCUCAUGCCAGUUGAUGCUACAGGGGAUAGAGUUUCUUAACCAAUGGGCAGGGUUCUGCAUUUUGCUACUCUCAGAGUUCAGCCUGUUUUGUUCCGCAUUAACAUUUCAGAGAGAGAUCAGGCGCCUGCCCUCUGUGCUUUACCCCAGGGAGCAAGAAUCCCCCACAAACUGACACUGAUACAAUCUCCAGGUAAUGGCAGCGUGCCUGCAAGCCAAAGGGUGUCUGUGGAUACUCUGUGUGUAUGCCUGUGUGAGUGUGUGUGUGUUUGAGAGUACGACUCAAGGAGGUACCAAGCACCACUGGUGUGGUCAUAGGGUCAAAGUUCACUCAGAAAUGUGUGGCCCAGGGUCGAGAGGUGCUAUGGCCUCCGUUAACGGUAAGGGUAGAGUUUCAACCUCCACCCUUGCCCUCUCCUCUUUCUCAAGGCUGCGCUGCAACUUACAUUUCUCACUGUGACAUGCGUGACGACCCCCACCUUUUAGUCAGGUGACAGAGGCUUGAUGGAGGUGAAGAAAGAGCAGACAACAGGGCAGGGCAGCAGGGUAUUAAAAACAGACUAGAUGUUGAGACAUAUUAAAGGUAAGUUUGAGUGAAAGGAGAUAUUUGAAAAGGAUUAGUGUAAGGAGUGAUUAGUGAUUGGAGUUGAUGCAUGGUAUUAAAAAAAAAAAAAUACAGUCUCUCCUUUUAAGCAAAGUGCUGAAGGUCAAUAAUAAGAUAUUCUACCCAGCAAACUAUAUACCAGAUUUGACCUUUUAUGUUAUUCUAUAAUAACUCAUCAUAUUAUUAUGAAUGAUUUUUCCUUGGGGGAUCAAUAAAGGUCUUCUUAUCCUAUCUUAUCCUAUUAUACUUUAUAACAUUUGAUAUUAUUUGAAAUCAAGGCACCCUCAGCCUAAAAUUUAUCACAGAAUGACUUAAAACUCAGGAAAAUGGUUUAAAAUCUAAAAUGAAAAACUUGUUCUUUUUGCUGCUGUCUUGGUCAGGUCUUCCUCAUAAAAGGAUCUCAGUGAGACCAAGAUGAUAAAGGUUAAAUAAAGUCACAUAAAAACCAUAUCAUAUAAUUCGGAAUUAUAUCCGUUAGCACUGAAAUAUUUACCAUAUAAAUUGUGUCCUUUAGAUAAGAAUCAUUUAAUACUGCAUCCUUUCAUUUAGACUCGUAUAUCAUCACAUUGCAUGUAAUCAUAAUGACAAUAUUCUCAAGUGUCAUGUCAUCGUAUGGCUAUGGUAUUGUAAGUAUAUUAAUGUAAGUAUUCUAUCUUAUGUCAUCAUGUCGUGUUAAAUCCUAUUGUAUCCUAUCAAAGUUUCAUAAAGUACUGUAUCAUCUGGUUCUGUGUAAAAUUGUACCACAUAGAGCCAUAUCAUAUCAAAUCUAUCUGUAUUUCAUCACACUGUAUUGUUUUGAAUUGCACUCCAUUGUACCAUACUGCAUCUCUUCGGUAUGGUAUCCUAUGGUAUCUGAUUGUAUCUCAUCAUAUUGUUUUAGGCGCGAUCAUAUCAUGUCGUACCCAGCCAUACUGUUUGUUGUUGGAGUAUCAUGCCAUAUUGUAUUGUGUCAUAUUUUGUUGUGUGGUCAAGUGUAAUGUUGUAUCCUUACAUUAUGCAUCAUGCUGUGUCCUACUACAUCAUGCUGCAUCAUGAAGUAUGCUAUCUACAGUAUCUUAUGCUGUCUUGUACGCUGUAAUUCGCUAUAUGUCGUUAUAUCUUCAUUAUAUUGCAUUAUUAUGCGUCAAGUCGUAUUGUAAUGUAUCAUAUUGUUGUAUCAUCUCAUACUUCUUUCACUCUCUUUUGGGACUGUUUUCUUUAAGUUAACAAACUUGAGUGGGAAAUAGUCUUCUUUGCAGCAGUGCAAUAUUCCCUGAUAUUCAGCUGCUAACUUUCAACCAGCCUGACUUUUUUACUGAAAACAGUAGCCUGCUGCUGCUGCACUAAAACUGCAAUCAUUAAAAACGAACCAGUCAAAUUUUCAGCCACACUGCCAACAAAAAUAAAGACAGAUUCCUCCAAAGUCUGUAGAGCUGAUGGGAUCCAUAAAUUAGGUGAAAAUUACAUGUCAGUAAGAGAAAUGACUUAAGAUUCAAUGCAAAAUAUAAAUGAAAACUUGAGAGAAAUCAAAGUAAAAGAUUUGCGCAGUUAUUUAACAGCUUUACCAAAGACAUCCUGCAGUUUUCCUCUGGUUUUAAGUGGAGAAAAGCUUCACAUUUUAAUUUGUAAACCACACAGUUUUAGAAGUUGUCUGAAUUAAGACGUUAUGAUAUUAAUUGGUGCAUCUCUCAUUAUGGCCUCAGACCCAGACACGCUUAAACACACACACACACGCACAAAUAUGUACACACAUUCUCAGCCGGCACUGUUUAAGUGUUCCCCAGACAGUAUGUGAUCCUCAGACAGGACAGUGCUUCCUCCUCUCGUAGUCAGGUCUGGUCGGAAGGAUCAGUCUGGGGAGGUCAUCCAGAGAGAGACAGACAGGGAGAGAGGAUUUCUCUCCUUUAUGAUGCUCCUGAGUCUGCUCUGAAAAAUGUUGUGUUUUUCAGCUCUGUCCAAACUGAUGUUAGUAACAAAUGUUGUUGACAUGGUUUUCAGAUUCUUCGUUUUUUUUUAGUGUUUCAGUUUUUCCUCACCGUACCCUCUUUCAAUAAUAUUCUUUCUGUUUGUUUAUUUCCUCAAUCUAUACCUCUUCCUUUUUAAUAUAAAAGAAUGGACAUAGCUCAGUGCCUCGUGUCAGUGUUAUACAGAUCGUUUUCUCCGUGACAUUUUGUUGAAGAAAAUGUUCUCUCCCUCUCUUGUUUUUUUGUGCUUCCUCGCCUCCUUCUGCCUCGUUUUUCCUGUCUCUGUCUCACUGCUGGUGUUUUUCUGAAAAAUAACAAGGUUCGGGGCUGUGCGUGUGCAUGUGUUUUGCACUGGCUGCAUACAUAGGCUGGAUGGGCUGGCUGCGCUGGGCUGGCUUCUUGUGUGGUCCCCCGGCAAUUUUAUGAUUUAUUCAGCUAAAGGCAGAGGAGCACGACCCCCAGUGACCACAGAGAGAGAGCUGCACGUGGGUUUAAUGAUUUCACCACAAAAAUGUCUGCUAUGGCUGGGCCUGUAUGGAGCUCAGAGCCCCCCCACUGGCUGAAUGGUGGAGAGGUUGGGGAGGGGGGGUUGAAAAGAGAGCUCGGCUGACCAGCCAGAGUCAAUAUAAACGCUUACCACUACACAUCUUCUUGGAGGGAUUAUAAGGGAAGAGGACGGACGGGAAGAUACAUCCGAUUGGCAUGAUCCAAAUGUUUGAAACUCCUGUCUUCUCGCGAAUGGACAGAGUAUGCUUGUUGUUAUUCUUUAUCACACGUUUGGCUGUUUUUCUUUCUUCAUCCCAGCCCCCCACCCCCCUGCCCAUGAGACUUGUAGUCAGUGGGAGAUUUCAGAGGCAUUAUUGAAAUGUAGACACCGAGGAUGAUGUAACCAAGCUUUCAAGAACAAGUAGAGGGGCAGAAAUAAUAGGGGAGUGGGGGGUUAUUUGGCAUAUUUUUCUCUUCUGGUGUCCAGGUCUGCUGGCUCAAGAGAGUGACUGCUGAGGGCUUGGAUCUGGAUGCUAUGCUCAGUACUGCUCCUCUCUGUCUGUUUGGCUACAACUCCCCAGAACAAGAUGAUGUCAUUCACAGGGAUUUGUGAACAUUCUUGAUAAAGGGACAAAAUCACAGGGGUGAGCCUCAUUAUGCUGCAACGAGUGUGAACAGGUCAGGGAGCUACACACAGUCCCGUUUUAGAACAGGUCUGCUUAGUUUAGCUUGUUGUUUUAACUCUAAAAUUUUGCUGCAUGAUUUUAAAAUAGGUUAUUUGAUCGAUGCUUAAUAUUAAAAGAGGCCUUUAGGGCGCAGGGCUACAGGUGGAAUCAUGGGAGAUUGUCACUUACAGCAGUAAGUGUCAACCAAGUAAUGCGAUAGAAGCUUAUGUUGUUCAUAACCUCACAGGGAUUUUGAGCCAUAUGGUGUUUUGAAUACAGCAAACAAUUGUUAAAGUAAACAGCCCACAACUCAGAAUCACUCAUUCCACCAAAACAACUUUCAACAGAUGUCUAUUUCCUUUGUUUUAUUAUAAAUCGAAACACACAGAUACAGAUUGCUAUCAGUAAUCUGUUGACUGUUUCAAUUACAGUUUAUUUCUAUAUAACUGUUAGACAAAAAACAUUAUCACCUGCAAAUCUAACAUACGCUGUCAUUGAUAACACUUAAAAUACACGUUUUUCAUGUAUUUUAUUCAUGUAAAAAUACAGACGGUAGAGGCUGUUGGAGUCAGAAAUUGGAGAUCUUUUGGCAGCAGUAGCUCAGGAGGUAGAGCAGUUGGCCAAUAACCAGAGGGUUGGUGGUUUGAAUCCUGCCCUAUCCCUAGUCUGUCCGUUGUGUCCUUGGGCAACACACUUGACCCACCUUGAUCCCAGUGUGUGUGUCCUCCAUUGGUGUAUGAAUGUGAGUGUUGUGUGGUGGUGGUCGAAGAGGCCGUAGGUGCAAACUGGCAGCCAUGUUCCCGUCAGUCUGCCCCAGAGCAGCUGUGACUAAUAAGGUAGUUUACCACCACCAGGAUGUGACUGUGUGAGCGAAUGAAUGAUGUGUCCAAUGUAAAGUGCUUUGAGGUUACUGACAAAAAGCACUAUAAAAUCUGAUGCAUUAUUAUUAUUAUUAUUGUUAUUAAUGUGGGAUUUAAAGUUGGGAUUGAAAAGAGUGGAGGGAGGCUGAGUUGUGGAUGAUUGGAAGGAGGGGGUUUCAGAAAGCUGGGUCAGCGAUGGCAAAGGCUCUGCCCCCCAAGGUUCACUGCCUAAGCCUGGUGAAAGGGUCAGAAGGUUGGCACCUGAGGUCUUUAAGGUAUGAAGGGUGAUGUUAUAUUGGAGGCCAGUGAAGGUGUUGAAGGAUUGGUGUGAUGUGGUCUCUGGAGUGAGAGUAGAUGAGCAACCAGACAGCUGAGCUCUGAGUAUGUUGUAGUUUUUAGAGGUCAGUGGAGGGCAGGCCGUGGUGAAUGCUGUUACAAUUGUCAUGUCUGGAGGUUGUGAGGGCAUGGAUGAGGUUUCUGCUGUGAAAGAGGGCGGGUAGACCAAAGAUGUGCAAUAUUAUGGGAUUAAAGGAGGAUGAUUUGGUGAUGCUCUUGAUGUGUGACUUGAAAGAGAGAGUGAGAUUUCUGAUCAUUUCUGAUUUAUUAUAGAUACGUUUGAGAAAGCUGUUGUUCAUCCAGGUUUUCAUAUCAGUGAGGCAGAAGUAAUGGCAGGAGAUUUGGUUUAUGUGCAGGUAUAAAGUUGGGUAUCGACAAUAUUGCUGUUAAAUUAAAGUCCAUGAUGACGUAUGACAAGACCAAGGGGUAGCAUGUAUAGGAUAAGCAGGAGGGGGCCAAGCACUGGGCCUUGGGGGACACCAAAUGCAAUAGGGAGGGUGUGGGAUUUCCAGUUUUCGAUGGAUAUGGUGUGAAAUUUGUCUAAAAGGUAGGGUCUGAACCAGGAACCCGUGAUGACUGUGUCUUUUCAAUCAAUGUGGAUCUGGUAACCAGAAUGCUUUUCAAUUGUAUGUUACAUCUACCAAUAAGGUUAUUGCUUUGUGCCAACAGGAUUAGAUGACAAAAAAUCUUUAUAACACUUAAAUGAUACUUGUCUAGGUAAAUGUAGGAAGUAAAAACCAUUCAUUUCUGAGCCCACAUGCCCUAACCACCCUUUCUGUGUCAGUGCCCCAAUUAGGGCACCCAAGUCCAAAAAGUCCAGUCACACCCCUGCCUCUGAGUGGCAGUGCACUGAUACUACAUAGAAGCUAGUCAAAGUAAGAAAUUUGAUUGGGUGCAUGAGAGCGGAAUUCAGCUGACUUAAAGAAAAAGAUCAUAUUAUGUUACACCAUGCCAGCUAGCUGGACUUUCUCCAUUUUGGAGUCUAAUCAAUGGCUUAAAUUUUCAAGUCAAAGUUGAAAGUCAAAAAUGAAUUGAAAUUUCCAUCGUUGUGUUCAACCGGAAUAAAUUUAAUAUUCUCUGAAUAUCAAGAUUGUAAAUGCUUUUAAGAUUAGUUUGCACGUGGAAACAUCCACUAAGGGUUCCCUGCUAAGGACGGAAGCUCUCAGAGGGUAGUAUCACUUACAUCACAGCAGGUUUUAGCCUGUGAUUGCAUGGAUGUCUCCCAAGUGUCUCUGCGUGUGUGUCAGAGGGUGAAGCCAUAUCAAACUGGUCAUCAUUACAAGCUCAUUCCACAACCCCAGGAGGGAUUACACAACGGACAGUGUGUAGUGGGUGUGACACAGGCUACUCCGUCAACCCCAGGCUUGGAGCUCAUAGUGAGUAAUGAGUCCACCCAGCAGAACCUCCGCACACGCCCAGGGCCCAAGGAAAUGUAUGUGCUCACCAUGUCUGGUAUGACAACCCCCCUCCUUGACUAGCCAGGAACACAAAUUCAUAUCUGCUGCUCUGUCUUUGAUCCCCAGCAAUCCCUCCCACAUAACAUAUUAUGUGGUUUUAUAGGGCAAGCUAUGUAAGGUUUAAUGGCUUAUGUCUAGCAGAAACUCAAAAGGCUAUGGCGAAUGCACAAAUGUACACAUACACACAUACACGCAUACCUUGUCUCUGUCUGCGUGUGUCUCUCUCUUUUUGCUGUAUCUUUUUUUUCUAACACACACACACACACAUAUACACACACACACAUGCUACCAGGCCUGGACAUAAAUCAAUAUGACUCUAAUGCAAAGAAAACAUUAACCCAAAACAUACAGAGAUGAUGAAGACAUUUAUUUGCCCAGCAGGGUCUGCAAUGAUACGUGAAUGGACCGUUUUGUUUGCUUAGAAAAUGGGGUUGAUGUGCAUGCGGUGUAAUUGAACGUCAAGGGGCCUGUUGAGCCCCUAUAUUAUAGUCCUCUGGGUAUUUGAUCCAGAGUACCUGCCAGUGAUAGAGAGUGUGGCAAAGGUUAAGGGAGAAGUAUGGCAUUCCCGGUUUCAACUCCUCUCAGGUUGGAGUGGAUGGUCCUACAGGGAUCCAUACUGUGACAGCCCAUUUUGAUCUCUUCUUCUGCUCUGUCUCUCGUCUUGUCACUCUGGUUUCUCUCUCGGCACUUGGAAGGAUUCGGUAAUACCGGUCAUGUUCCAAGUGUGACAUAUCCUCAUGCUCCUGCCCUCCAGUUUCAGCCCCACUUCUCUGCCACCCUGUCCCUUUUUAAGGAGCGUUUGUUUUGGGCCUUGUCACCACCAUGCACUGUGUGGUUCCAGCCACGAUGGUGGCGAACCAUCUCUUGCUAAUUACCACACUCCAGAUGAGUCACACACACACAGAGAGAGAGGCGUUUUCCGCUAUUUUUGGCCCCUGACAUCGGCCCCUUAAGAGACACCCCCCCAACCCCCCCGAUCUCUGGACCUCCUCAACAGAUGAAACGAGCACUUUGAGGAGGGCCUCAGUCACUGGGCCUGCUCAGCUUUUUGCUGGCCUGGUGUGAACAGCUGCCUGUUUUGGUUUGUGACAUGCACACAAACAUUCGUAUGCUCAGUGUUUGGUUUUGAAGGCCUCUCUCUCUAGGUCCAUGGUGUCCUAUGAGUUAUGACAAAUGUUAUUUUGCUCCUUUUUUUUUUACGUUACUUUUGCACAAGCUGCCAGAGUAGAUCAACAUGUUUUCAUAGAGAUUGGGUUAUUUGGCUGCUUUCCAGUGUUUGAACAGCUGUAAUGAACAUUUAGCAUUAAAAACUUCACCCUUGAGAGACAUUGGCUGUUGAUGGAAUCUUUAUUAAUGAAAAAACAAAUCAAGAUGCUUACAUUUCUAAUCAUGUGUGACUUUUCAGGAUGUUUUAAAUAAAUAAACCCGACUUAUGUAAUAGUAAAUUUAAGACAACAGGAAUAAUAGGUUGAAUUUUAGAGUCAUUACAUAGUGUGUGCAUUAUGCUUAUGAAUAGAGAUCAUCUGUUGUUGUAAACAGCCACAUCCACCAGGAAUCUCUUGACUGGUGGGAGUUCUCUGUUUCUUCAUGACUAUUGGUUAGAAAUAGAAAAACAUCCUAAGGGAGAGUGCUUGCCAUUACAAAUUUCCAUUUGUCACUGAUGGAAAUGAGCACAUUUGUUUCAUUUUCACAAAGACACAUAGGGUGUAGUUAAAACUGUACUCACAGUGCUUUUAAGCCACCACAGCAUGACCUAAAUUAGACUUUAUGUGCCACUUUGUAAUGACUAGCUGCGGCCCCAAUUUUACCCUUGACAAGAUUUAAAUAAGGACCCAUUUGCUCUGGCAUCAGCAGUGUAGGGUAGCAAAGCAGCAGGAAGGCUGGCCGGACAUGCGCUUUCAGCCAGAGCAAUCUAUCAUUACCAGUGUAAUAAGGGGAGCUGACUCGUUUCUGUCUUACAAUUGAAAGCAAAAUGAAUGCUUCCCCACAAAGUGAUAAUCAUAAGGGCUUGCCAAAAGAGAGGUUGCCAGAAAUCCAAUAUUGCUGUCCUUUGCUGCUUUUUAUCCCAAAGGGUUAGGAGGGGUUGUCGUUGGCUGAUUGCUGUCUAAUUUAAUGCUCUCCAGGACCACUGCUGAGCUUUACAAGGUCCAGUAACCAUCUCUAUACUUGAAGUUCUAAUGCACAUGACAGGGUGUGACUUGAGUGAUGCACUUCAGACAUGCUGCAGCCUUUUUCUUCUGAUGCGCAGGUGGGAACCUCAAAUGCUGUUAUGAUGUCAAACUAUGGUAUUUUGUAUGCCACAUAGUGUUAAUUAUGGGAAUGAUAUGAUGACAGUAGAUUUAUCAACCACCUCUUAUAAUCACGGCAGAAAUCAGAAUGACAAAAAAAAGAGUAUGCCUAUGAUAACAAAAAACCUCUGACUAACGGAAAAGUUAAAUAUUUAUAGAAUGCAAAUGAUAAACAAACGGUUAAACCAUGAGUUCAUAGCUGUGGCCCUUUACAUAGGUUGCCACAAGUCUGUCAGUGGAGGAGAGAUGAAGACGAGGUACCAGACUGCAUGCAAGCUAGAUUUAGCAGCCCUCUGGUAGAUGAUUCAACACUAAGAUCUUACAUUCAUAUUAUGAAUCCUAAGACAAUAUUAAAACUGGAACCUCUAUGAAUUGCUCAUCAGUUGAAAAAUUGUGUUUUCUAUCGGUUCUUAAUAACAGUUUUCAUUUAGCUCUGUAACUUACAAUCUACCAGAAACAGUAUAUUUCAAAAUGAAAGCAUAGUUUGACAGUUCAAGAAAUAAAACAACCUAAAUGCAAGUCAUAAAAAAAUAAUAAAUGAAAGUGUGAUAAUCUUUUAUGAGGCCAUGUUGUCUAUGAUAUAUAAGAAAUGAAUGGUGACAUGUCAGAUAAUUUUGUUAAGUAUGCAAAGUAAUGUGUUACUCCACCUUUUUCUUGCCUACUCCCAAUUUUUCUGAUUGUCUUUUAUUUUCAAGUUUUCUAAUCACAAUAUUUCAUGACCACAAUAAUCAUGAGGUGGAAAUCUGAUAUCAUGACAACCUGAGUGCGAUGCAUGCAUGAAUGAAUUCGAUUCCCACCUGGAGGGAGAAUACCCACUGUUUUCCAACAGAAAAUCAAAACGGCUUUAGACUUUGAGGUUCUGACUCUUAUUACAACUACUUCACACUUGAAAAGGCAUUAGAGUGGAUGAAAACUACCCUAAUGCCUGUUAAAGGUCAUAGUUUUAUGAAGCCGACCCAAAUCAUCUUUAGAGGUCCUUUAAACUUAAGGCUUGUGGCAGUGACCUGGUACCCUAUAUUCCCACUGUGGCCUCCACAGGAACGAUAUCAGAGGCCUUCUCAACAUCCACAAAACACAUGUGGUCUGGAUGUGCAAACUCCUCUGAUCUUCGUUUGAAGUAAAACUGUGAAAUGGAUUUUAUGAAUUUAGUGCAUCUAUUACAGUUACUUUGCUGAUCUUUGCUCAGCUCUGUCACCUGAUGAAGGUUUUUGUGACUUGUAAAAUAAGUCAUCAGCCUCUGGACUCUUUCUGAGUCAUUUUUUGUAUUUAACAAAGCAUUUUAAAACAUACUUAAUGAGUCGCUGUGAGCAUUUUAGGAUGUUAAUAUUAGCUUAAAGUAUUAUUCUGCCCAAGUGGACCCCUGUGUGUAUAAAUGGACAUGCCGUCCAAGAAAGAGACAGACACUCCACUGUAUAUGAAUGAAUAAUGAUAUUUUUGAGUGUAAUAUCCAGUUGGUUUUCAUGUUGACAUUGGGUUUAGGUCAUCCCUUAAGUUGGAAAUCAGUCAUUAUUGUGAGGUCUUUCUCCCAUUUUCCAUUGUGUGGUCAAGAGAAUUGAGAGCACCUCGUACAGUGCUCCAUCCUGCCCAUUCAACAGAACAGGGGGGCCUCUCACAGCAACCAACAGACGUUUGAAGAUGAGGUUUGCGGCUAGUUUCCACCCACAACGCCAAGCUGUCUCUGAUUAGACCUGGGAUCUAAUUUGAGAAGGGGGCUAUGAGUGGGUUUGGGGUGUGGGGGUCUGUGCGGUGCAGCCAUCCUCUCCCAGAGGGCCCAGAGCUCAAGGGUUUGUGUGCUUGACUUUCUCCACUGAAAUACAUCCUGAUUGUUAUGGAUAAGGGUACUAGAAGUACAUGCAGAAAUGGAGAUGGAUGGGAAAAGCUCUGCAUCCUCUCUCUGCUUUCUUUUCUUUUCCCCACACACACUGCAGAAAAAGCCCCUGUCUGAAACACCCAGCCAUGAUGUUGAGGCCUGUACCCCCCACUCAACACACGCACGCGCACACACACACAUUUACACAGGCUCUUCUGGUCCCAGUAAUCAUGACGCAGGUCGACCCUCUGACCCAAGUAAUGUAUUUCUGUGUAGUGUGUCAGCUCUCUUAGUGUGUGUUCUGGCUCCAGUCUGGGUCCUGCAUUGUGGGGAAUGUUGAUGGAAAAUGACAGGCCAUUAUUACAUGCAAUGGCUGUCCCCCUCUAUCCCCUGUCCUCACCACUGAUAGGGGCUUACUUUUCAAAAACAUUCAAACCAACAUUGAAAACCACAGUCUAUGUCCAAAAACUGAAACAAACCCCUCCAGUAAAGCAAACUGUCAGUUUUAAAGGUUUGUUUCUCAAGAAUUUUAUAGGACAAUUGUGUCCAGCUACCCUUUCUCCCAGCCUUGCUCCUUAGCUAUACUCCAUUAGGGUUUAAAUGCACUCAGGUUUCUCUUGUGGGGGUCAUUGUAGUGCUAAUGGUCUGCUGGGUGGUAAACAAAGCUCAGAGCAUGUGAAAUAACCCUGGAUCCUGAGUGGGAAGAUCAGGCAGCUGCAGGCAGAGGGUGUGAAGGUUUCAGUUACCUGCUCGGUGCCUGAGCACACGGACUUGUCUACCUCCUGGCAAAGGACCACCUGGGUGGCCGGCACUGCUACUCCAGGAAUCUGAUAGUGUGGAUACAAGAACAUCAAGAGAAAAUGAUGAUCACAAACACACAUAUACACAAUGAGGUGAAAACCCACACAUCUCCAGGCUCCACUCACCCAUAUCUGCUGAGGGCCUCACAAGGAUGUCAAAAGGUGUGGUGGCUGUCAGUGAAGGUUGACCCGACGCUGGUUCUCUGAUAUCUCCUGUCACACAUCACUGCCCAGGAAGCACUUUUCUUUUUUCUUCUAGUGUCUACACACUUCAUCAUGCUGUCUGACUACAACAGGGCUCAAACCACAGACUGCUGACCCGUGUGUAUGCAUGUUUAUGUGUGUGUGGGCAGUGGUAUGUAGAAUAUAUGAAGCCUUUGAUUUUGAGAAAUGAGGGAACUUUUUCUUAAGGAUGCAUAAGGUGUUUCAAAGGGACAUUUUAUUGGUGGGGUUGUACAACAAGCUUGUCAACAGUAUGUCCAGGUCAGCUUGACCCCUUGAGCCAGCAGGGUCACACUACUGCUCAAAAAACCUCACUCUCAAUCAAGCCCGGGUUGAAAAUUACAGGCUGAUCUUUCCUCCUCUAUUCCUGUUAAAAACACCAGAGUUCACAAUCUUUAACCAGUUCUCAGAAUACUUGCUGAACAAUGAUAUACUUGAUCUGAAUCAGUCUGGCUUUCAGUAGGGCCACUCAACUAAAACUGCACCUUUGUCAGUAAUGGAAUCGUUGUGUUUGGCUAGAGCAGCUAGUCAGUCCUCAGUUCUCUUGCUGCUGGCUCUUCUCCUGCAUUUGACACAGUAAACUACCAAAUCCUCCUCUCCACACUCUCCUCACUUGGUAUCUCAGGGUUUGCCCUCCAGUGGUUCAGGUCUGACCUCACAGGGAGAUCUUUUAGAGUAUCAUGGAGGGGAGUAGUGUCCAAUAUGCAUGGCUUAUCAACAGGGGUGCUUCAAAGGUCGGUGCUUGGUCCCCUCCUUUUCUCAAUAUACACCACCUCACUUGGUGCAAUCAUCUGCUCCCACAGCUUUUCUUAUCACUGCUAUGCUCAUGAUACCCAACUUUUCCUGUCCUUUUCAGCAGACCACAAAACUGUCUCUGCUUGGAUCUCAUCCUACCUUGCAGUUAUUUCUAAAUGGAUGGGGGAAUAUCACUUUGAGCUCAACCUGUCCAAGACUGAGCUUAUUAUAUUUCCAACCUCUCCCACCGUGGAACCACAGAUCAAUGUCUAGUUUGGAUCAAAUAAACUCCUGCCCACUAGGUCUGCCCAAAUCUGAGUGUCAUGAUUGCUGACCAGCUAACCUUGAUGGUUCAUGUGGCCUUGAUUGCUCAGAGCUGCUGAUUUGCACUCUAUAACAUCAAGAGAAUCUGACCUUACCUGACAGAGCAUGCAACACAGCUCCUGGUACAAGUUCUUGCAAUAUCACGUAUUGACUACUGCAACUCAUUACUGGCAAGCCUCCCAGCAUGAACAGUUAAACCUCUGUAAAUGAUCCAGAAUGCAGCAGCAUGUCUGGUCUUCAACCAACCCAAGACAGCUCAUGCCACUCCUCUGUUCAUCUUUCUACUCUGACUUCCAGUUGAAGCUCCCAUUAAAUCCAAAACUCUGAUCAUUGCUUACAAAGCAGUAACCAAAACUGCUCCCAUUUACCUGGAACCUCUCAUCCAGGUCUGCGCCCCUUCUUGCCCACUACACUCAGCUAGCGAAGGGUGCCUGGUAUUUCCAGCACACCAAGCCUGUAAGUCACUAGCCCGACUCUUUUCCUCUGUUGUCCCUAAAUGGUGGAAUGAAUUACCCAACUUCAUUUAAAGUGCAGAGUCUAUCUCUACUUUCAAAAGACAGCUAAAGACCCAGCUCUUUGGCGAACCCUAUGCACUUAGCUAGACACUUCUCCAAUGUUGUCCUUAGUGGUAGAACAAGUCUUCCAACCACAGUUGGCUCACACUGUUCUGCUCUUUUUUGGGAUUUUUGUGACCAGCUCUUUGUGAGUGACCCAGCUCUUGGUACUUUGGUAAUUAUUGAUGUGAAGACAAUCAUUCAUUAAUCAAUGGUGAUAAUGGAAGGUCUCCCAUUUGUAACUGGUUGCUUCUUUAUUGAUGUUAAUAUAUCUAUUUAAAAAAAAAAACCUUUAUACACUUUGUGCAUUGCCUUUUACACUACUUCACAGUACCUGCAUCCAAAUGGGCUUGAAGCACUUUGUGGCACUAACUGAUCUAGUUUCUUCUUGUCUAGAUCUUUGCUUGUAUUGUUCUUGCUCUUAAAUGUAUGUCACCUAAGAUAAAAGCGUCUGUUUAAACCAGUAGAAAAACAUCCCUGAUGAACCACAAGUCAAAAUUCAAUGCUAAUUUGUUUGUACAUGUCAGUCAAUCUAAGGAUGCAGCUGUUGCUUAGAUAGCCCUGGUUCGCACACUAAUGGGGCCUGGGGUGACACGUAAGGGUAUGCUGACAGGAAGUCAGAGUUUUGCAUAUAGCUGCGGUACCAGACAACUAACAUGUUGCCUUUUUCACACUGCAAGUCUCCAUUUCUUGUUGCUUAUGUUGGAAAUAACAAAUAUUUCAAGACAAUUUAAAACAAUCAAACUCAAACGGUAGCUACUGGCAAAAAGUCGAGGUGCAGUGAUGUCUACACUGAUUGUACCAUGAAAAUGCAACUUACGUGUCGAGCGGGUAUCCUCCAUUUCAGAGAGGCCAUGCUGUUAACAAGUCUCACUCGUAGCUCCCUUGGUUAAUGGGCUCAGUUUCCAUAUCUGCACCACCAGGUAACUUGGGAUCUGUUCUGCUGUCCACUUAGCAUCAAAGUUUCUCUCCUCUUUGCUUUGGCCCCUUGACUCUUGUUCUCUAUCUUUUAUUAUUAAGUAGGCUUGUGUUUUCUUUCUCAAAGCCUGCUGACCUGUGCAGCUGAUCUGUGCUCUGAAAGCAAAGGAAUCAUGAACAUUUUGUGUUCACAAAUAUUGCUGAAACAAAAAGGCUUUCUGACUCUAGAGCAGUGAGUAAUGCUAAGUAGAGUGUACGCUCACACUAACAUUGGCAUUAGGAUUGGAGUUAGCUCAAAUUAGCUAAAUUAUGUGGUAGAGUUGACCCCAACCAUUGUGAGUAAUAACCUAGCUUCUACACCAGUUCUCCAGCUGGCUUCUCAGUGACAAGCUGAACUGACCAGCUGUUCCUGUGGGAAAUACACUCGUGAUCAACAAGCUCCUCAUACAACUGUGCUUCAAAAAAACUAAACUACCCCUUCAGGAUGAGUGUGGUGGAACAAGCAAUUUCCUAUUAAGAAGACCUCUUAAAAUAAUGUUGAGCAAUAAACUUUACAUGUGUGCAUUGUACAAGUACAGUGUAUAUGGUAUCAAGAAUCUAUUUUUAUGAAAGUUGGAGGUGUUUGUGUUGUUGUCUCUGAAAGAAGGUUGCUGGAAGGUAUAAGAAGCACGUUCUUGAUAAAUAAUUUACUGUAUUUUAAUUAAUGGGCAUGUGCAUAAUUACUGUUUGCACACUGAGAAAUGUUCACGUAAUGCCCAACUUUAGCCAUAAUUGGUUGUACUAAAAAGAAGUAUUGAGUGGAACACCACAGAAAUGGUAUAGGUCCAUAUUGGACCCCGUAUAUAGUACACGUGUACAUAUGAACAGCCAUAAUUUCUACCCAUUUGAGUAGAUUAAAAAAAAAAGUCCGAGCAAGCUGAGAGUUGUUCCUUUCUUAAUAUCUGGAAGCAUUUAGAUGUUGUUGUUUUUGCUCAGCAAACACUUUAAAGUGGAAAGAGCGCUGUGGUUUACCACAGGGGAAUAAAUAUGGUUUCUGAUCAGCUCGCUAAUUACCUUCCCCAGAGUAAAUAUGAGUAAAAAAACAACACUGUGAGCCACCCUGGUGUAAAUUGCUAGCUGUUACUCACAAAUGUGGUCCUCAGAUGCAUUAUAAUCUAAAGUGGUGUGUAAGAGCACUUUAUGUGGGUUACUACACUGAAGCGUUCAUGCUGCUGCAGCUACGUAACCCAGUAAUAUCAUAACCACUCAGUCCUCCCCUCCCACUUGACUUAUGCCUUGUUUUACACAUUUAGGUUGAUGUAGCCUUUUUUGGAGCUUUACACAGCAUCUAUAUCAUGGAUCAUGACAGCUUCUGUGUGAGCAGAGAUCUGUCACUGGCCUGGGAAACAUUUGUCACUCUUAAAUUGCUUUGACUCUUAUGUUCCAGACGAUCUCACUCAGUGUUAUAGAGCUUAGCUUUAUGCUUUAUGGCAUGCAAAUGCAGCAUGACAUAAAGGAGGUGGUGAGACACUAUGACACUAGCACACGCACACACAAGCGCACACACACACACACCCCAACUCUUCUUCCCUGUUUUUCUGCCCAAUGUAGCUCAGUCACAAUCUUGAAGUUUCUUGCCAAACCCUCACUAAUGUUGCUCUUGAAAGGAGUCCAGUUUUGAACAUGUGGGCUGCGGCUUGACAUCCACUUGCACACAGGUCAGGAUCAUGGGUCGGGACUAUGAUGUGCCUCUCGAGCACCUUCCUCUCUCUGUAUGUAAAGUAAACAGCUUCAAGUGUAUUACACUGGGCCGCUUCCUGCUGCUAUGUGUGUGGCAUGCUGCGUACGUCAGCUGAUGAGACAUAAAGUAGGUCUGUUUGCGCAGUUAUAAAUACACGGACUGUGCAUGGAAGCAGCCAAAUUACCAAGGACUGUUUUGAUUUAGCUGUCGGACUGUGGUGUGGAAACUCUUGCAGAAAUUGAUUGUGACAUGAAGCUGACAAUGACAUGAAAAUCAUUUUUGGAUAAGUUAGGCUUCCUUUGAAAAUAGGCGCCAGGAAUAUGUUUUGCAACAUGUUUUUCCUGCAGAUUGAAAUCAAAUCAACGGAUUACAAAAAUUCAGACAAGAAAUGGCUGCUUUUUUUUUUCAAAGUACAAAAAGACUUCAGGCCUCAUUGCGUUUUAUAGUUGCUUGUUUCCUCUUUAUAUCAAAGGCAUGAAAGAUUAAAACACUUAAUAAUGGUGCUUGGCAUGUAAAGUUACUCCCCAUAGCCCCAUAAAUUCAGGCACGUUUGCCCCUGUGUCUGAGGUAUGAGGCUAUCAAAGAUACAAGAUUAAUGAUAUUUUGCGCCAGAAUGCUAUGAAUGUAAAAAUAAAGAUGAGCUUAAAACUAAAAACCAAAGUUAGAUAUUAAAAUACAGUCAGGAAAAGGUGGUGGGGAGGCUGGUAGACUUGCAAAUGAGACGCUGACAAUGUGAGAGAGUCCACACAUGAGGAUGAACAAAGACAGAUUGAACAGUUUGGCUUCCAGUGAAGUGAAACAUUAUGCCUAACACAAGACAACACAGAUUGCAUUUACCAACAACUAAGUCUGGACACUAAACUGGACAUGUCACAAAAUCUCUGGGUCAACUCAACAUUAGACCAAACAAACGGUGGACAUUAGACAGGAAGUUGUGAUGGUUCUUAAACUGAACUUGUGAGCAUCUUAGCUUCCUGGUACAUUUAUUGCAAUAGCAGUCUCUAUUUAGGAACUUUUGGUUUGAGUCCAUUUUUUAAAGUAUUCUUUUGAGCGAUUUUGCCUUUUAUUGAUAGUACAGUGUGAAAUGUGGGGAGAUGGAGAGAGAGGGGGGAGGACAUGCAGCAUAUGGUUCGGGGCCAGACUCUAACCCGCGGCCGCUGAAGGGACCGUGGUCCCCAAACAUAAGGCGCGCUAACCUGGGUAUGAGUCCAUUUUUGUGCCCCUCGUGGACAAAACAGUCUUUGUUUGUUUGGUCCCCUGCUUGCUUGAGUAGUGGCUUCAGAUAAAAAAAAAAUUAUCCUGCUGAAUUUUAAAAUGAAUGAUUCCUAAUGAUUUAUUGUGAAUGUUUUAUGUAGAAAUUGUAAAAAAUAGGGCUGUUUCUUCAGCUGUUCAACAGACACCUACCCCCCUGGAACCAGUUUUAGGUAUUAAUAAAUACCAAUAUGAUAAUCCUGAUUCUUGUCCCUGAUUGUCUUGUUUGCUUUUAGAUCUCAUGAAAGGCAUCAAUAUGAAUUUUAAUCUAAACACAAUUUCAAAAACACUCCUUAUAGGACCUUUAGGAUAGAUUCUUGUUUUGUGAUAUUUUUUCCCCAAAAAAUUCAAUUUUAUCUCAUCAAAACUUUGUCUUUUUAUUUUUUAUUAAUUAUCUGUCUUUUGACAAAUCUAAACCAAGAGUGAGCACAAGGGAUGCAAGCCAAAUCCCAGAGUUAAAAUGUUGUUCUGUGAAAAAUUGGGACGAAAUUGGUGGAGUAUGACAGAGAUUUUCUUUGCUUUAACUGGCAGGAUGAAACAACACAAGAAAAUCUUUUCUUCUCAUUUAGGAAUAUCAGACAUACAUUAACCUUAUCCUAUCAUGUAACAGUAACAGGCUCUUCUGUAAAGAAGCUUCAACUUUAACCAAAACUACAGAAAACUCAGACUGUUACUGGGAUCAAUAGCAUCUUUGAUUUGGAGUCAGCAAAGCCCAAAAACUCAUUGAGGUGUAACUGUGGCGAGACAAAAGCAAAGCAAAGAGAGAAAGUGGCAGAGAGCACGGUGCCAUGACCUGGAGGUCACUGGCAGUAGAUAAUCUGGUAUGAGAACAACUGAUAGCCUGUCAGUAAUGAUGGGGCCUAAUGCCAGAGACGAAAAGGAGAGGAGCCGCAGAAGAAAGAAAGAAACCUACUGAGAACUCCCCUAUGUUUUUUGUCAUCUGUGUGCCAAAUUAGGGUGAGAGGGGAGAAGGAAAGGGGGGGUUGGGAGGCUGAGGAGAGCGAAAGAGAGAGUGCAGAUGGACCACACCGGCUGACUAGUUGGACUAAUGUGGACAUUUUCUCUCCGGGGUCAGAUAUUUACUCCUAAUUAGCUGGAGGAAUGCGACGCAUGAGAGCGGAACAGAUACGUUACCGUUUUGGCCGGAAUUUCCUCUCCUUCCGUGGCAUGCGCUGCUUUAACCUGAUUAGGUAUGGCACUUAUCAGGGGAGAUGAAAGCACUCGGGGGAUCGGUGACGCAUUGCUGGACACCCCUGCUCUGCCCCCACUUCACCCCCAUUUCCACCACAACCCUCCUCAUGGUCAUUACUGGUUGUGCCAUGUAUCAUGAUUCGACAGAAACUGGGUCCCUUAUUUACAGUAAGACUGACACCCUGCCCUCGGCAUGGCACUUUUUGUAAAACUGAAUCAAAAGGAAGUUGUUGGGAAAAACAAACCAAGGGGGGGGUUUCUUUAAAAGUGAUAUUAUCAAAGGAACUUACAAUAAGAUAAACAAGUUUACAAGGUGGAAAAGGGCCAUGCGUUUGUUUUGACAGGAAACAAGACAUUUUCCAGUAUAUGUGUGUGCACGUGUUCUGGUGCAACUAUCAAAUCCUGGUGGCAGCUAGUCAGGGCUGAUUUUGUGGUUUUACGCACACAGAGAAAUAGCUUGUGGUAACAGCAGGCCUGACUUUGUGUUAAUAUUGGAUUAGAAGGCUCAAAAAUGGCAGAUGAAGUUGGUUGGUAUUGGCAGGCUUGAUGUGCGUAGCUUCAAUCUGUAACAUUUGUAGUUCUCUCAGAAAAGGACUCAUUUCAACUUGGGUACUUGACUGGAAUAUUGCCUUCUGCAUCAUCAUGGCUGAAAGCCGUGUGGUUUCAUUCUCUCAGAAUUCGUGUGUUUGGUGUUUGUUAGAAGAAUAAAUAACAGUUAUUACAAAAAUCAUGCCCUUAAUAAUCAUCCCUUUACCAAAGGGAUGAAUGAUUAUUAAUUAUUAGCUUCGUCGAGCAGUGACCUUCAGCUCUUGUUGGGGCAGUUUGCAGCCGAGUGCGAAGUGGCUGGGACGCGAAUCAGCACCUCCAAGCCUGAGGCCAUGGUCCUUAGUUGGAAAAAGGUAGAUGGCCUUCUCCGGGUCGGAGGGGAGGUCCUGCCUCAAGUGGAGAAGUUCAAGUAUCCCGGGAUCUUGUUCACGAGUGAGGGCAGGAUGGAGCGGGAGAUCGACAGGCAGAUCGGAGCGGUGUCAGCAGUGAUGCGGACGCUUAACCGAUCUUAACCAGUCGUAGUGAAGAAAGAGCCAAGCCAUAAGGCGAAACUCUCGAUUUACCUCCUACGUGCCAUCCCUCACCUAUGGUCAUGAACUUUGGGUAAUGACCAAAAGAAUGAGAUUGCAGAUACAAACAGCCAAAAUGGGUUUCCUUCGCAGAGUGGCCGGGCUCAGCCUUAGAGACAGGGUAAGGAGCUCAGACACUCAGGAGGCGCUCAGAGUAGAACUGCUGCUCCUCCACGUCGAGAGGAGUCAGCUGAGGUGGCUCGGGCAUCUGGUUAGGAUGCUUUCUGGACGCCUCCUGUUAGAGGUGUUCCGGACAUGUCCCACCAGGAGGAGACCUCGUGGCCGGCUCAGGACCAGGUGGAGAGAUUAUAUCCCCGCCUGGCCUGGGAGCGCCUGGGAAUCAACCCGGAGGAGCUGGUGGAAGUGUCUGGGGUGAGGGCCGUCUGGGCUUCCCUCCUGAAGCUGCUGUCCCCGCGACCUGGACCUGGAUAAGCGGAAGAAAACGACGACGAUGAUGACGAUGACAAAAAUCAUGUUUUUGCACAUAUUUAACUCUUGCCAUCUAGAUAGUUUUGUUUCCAUUUGUUUUCAUGUUUCCAAGCCAUGGGCAGGACUUUGACACAACAGCUGAUUGAGUACAUCCUGUUAAAUGGUCAUGUAGAGCGGCAGAAACUUACAGCAGAUCGGAGCAAAUCUUGAAUGAAUGAGACUGAGAAUGAGAUUUUUAAUACGUUUUAGCAUUAGGUCAAAAUGCUUGUAUCAUAUGAUUAAAACUUUACUGAGGUUUCAUAUUCAUGUUUCUGGAGUUUUAAAAAGCAAAAAUUGCUAAAUUACACAAAGCUUGCCUUUAGUGGUAGGUCAGACUAACAGGGAUCCUCUAAGAGUAACACAAUUAUAAUUGACAAGCACUCUACUUCAAAAACUUGGGCUAUCACUUCGUCGUGGCCACAAAACCACAGAAAGCACCGGCAUAUUAGCGUACUACUCUUAUCACAGAGAACUGUCAUGACUUCAUACGGCUUCUCAGAGCUGCGAGCAUGGCUAUAGACUCCAACUCUAUUUUAUAUGGUCAACACAACAAUUUGGGCUCUGUAUUUCCAAACCUUGACAUUUAUGAUUGAUACCACUGGCAGGAACAAAAAGUUUUUCCAUUAUUUGGUCCACCUGUUCUUUUGUGUGCAGCCAUGAUUGGACCUACUUUACUUGAGCUGAUAUCCAUGUUUGCCUGAGUUUACAGACAUGAAGCUCUUGAUGUGGAGUAUAGAAAUGUGUUAAUCCUCAUGUUGAGGACGGGGCCAGUGGUCUCCUUACUGAUGUGGUUCUAGAUUAAGGCUAAACAUAUAUAUUUUUAAGAAUUCCCUAACAAAAACAAAAUCAAUCACCAGCUGUCACACAAACCACCAGUGAGGUGGAACCCCUUGAUUACACUUAUCAGUGUGCAUACAUUACCUCAUUUUGAAAAGAUCAUGAAUAUUCCUUCUCCCUAAAGUGUGUUAAAAUACACUUCCCUCUCUGGCUGUGUAUUUCAGUGGAAGUGAUGUCAGAUUUUACUAGUACUGCUUUAUGACAUAUGAGAACUAUCACUUCUGAAUGCAGGACCUACCUCUGCUUGUGGCUGGCGGCACAUCUGUGCACCUUCUGUUGUGGGUUCUGACUACACUGGGCUUUGCUUUGGAAGCAAGCAAACACACACACACAAAUGCAUGCUCACGGACAUGUAAACCCCCUAAUUUGAACAGUUCACUUUUACUAAUAUUAAGAACUAUAAGUCCGACCUAAUAUAGAUUACCUGGGGUCCAAACAGAACAUAAACAUUACUGGCCACAGCAGCUGUUGAUGUGUGAUUGUUGUGUUCAUGAAGGGAUCUGACAGAUCAUUUUAUUUACAAAAAGAGAAACUUGGCCACAUCUCACGUUCAAACAAUACAUUUUUAAACCUUGCUGGCUUUAUCAUUGAACCACUUGCUUAGUAAUUUAGCCGUAAAGUGACUGUAGUCAAAUAUUGUCCACAAUGCAUUGUGCUGUUAUAGACUGGUUUCUUGUGUACAAACAAUACUAGGUGCGCGCCCAACCAGGGGCAAAAGUGAACUAAUAUCAAUGAAGAUGCCGUGUUGUUUCCAAGUUCUCCCUGACAUAACUGCAAUAAAAUGUCAUUUCAUUGAAAAAUGGCUUUGUCUUUUUUUGCAUCAAAAUCAGAAAAACACCUGCUGAAAUAUCCAUGAAUUUAACUUAAUUUACCAGGUUGUGACAUUGUUUUAGAUGUUUCUAAUAUCAGGGGAAGGGUCGCAAUGUUUGCGUAUUGUUUGUUUUGUCGAUUCGUGCAGUUUACAGCACAACAGCUCCUUGUCAUUUUCUUUCUCCGUUGACUCCGCUAGUAAACAAACAGAAAUGUCCAACUUUCUGCCCCUUGGCUGCGCGCGCAUGCCUGCGAUGUCGUUGCACAGAAACCCGUCUAUACUUUAAGAUAUAGCUUGCUAAAGUGCAAUAACAUUGAAAAUGUUUAGACUUCCCAUCGUGACUUGAUGUCAGUUGAAAAUGGACGCUGUGUGAAUCUGGUGAUUAGGGGCCUCACAGCUGAUGGCUGGGCUAAUGACCUGGACAUGAAUGCACGUUACAGUAAAUGACAAUGAGGUCACAGCUUCUAAUCAUCAUUUUGUACCCCACACAGAGCUUGUUCCCAGCUCCUACUAUUACACUUACUCCACUUGGCUCUUUUAAAUUACUCUCACAGACACACUGACACACACACUUGCUCACUGAUGGUCUGUAUUUGCUCAGGAGUUACUGGAACAGGCCACAUUGAAGUCUGGAAAAGGAAGGACAUCCAGCCAUACAGCCUCCAGGUCUCACGGUUCCACUGAUUGACCUGAUGAAGACCAAAGCCUCCAAUCACUGGGUCUGUAUGUGUGUGGGCAUGCUUGUGAGUGUGUCAACACCUGACCACACACACGGUUUGGAUGAAGCGUUAUCAUUUGCACAUUAGACUUUUUGAAAAUACUCCAAAAACAUCUGGGGCCAAAAUCUGUCUUGUCCCUCCUUUUCUCCUCUCUCCUGUCUUCUUUCUUCAAUCCCACACAAGAAGACCCACAUCAGUGGUCUGUCCUGAGUGUGUGUGUGAAGAUAGAUACCAGUUGGUUCUAUCUACUGCCUAGGUGGCAUAUUACUGAUAAUUGGAUGCUGAAAGCGCUGGAGUCUUGCCAGUGUGCUUGAAUUAAACUACAGCUGGUUGGUAACACUGACGAAAAGAAACUUCAGUUUCUGUCUUGUAUCCAUGUGCCCUAGUGUCUCAUCACUGACUCAAAGGUUUAAAGUAAAGGCUAUUCACUGAACAUUUUAAAGUAUUUUUCAAGUAUUUUUAGUAGUUCUCCUCACUAACAAGUAUAAACCUGUGUUGUUGGUGCAAUAAUGAGCCGAACAAAUGUUUGUAAAAUGAAAAAUGAAAGAUUUUACAGUAAAGUGAAGCUGAUGCAAAAGGUCACUUGACUUGCAUUCUCUUUAGUGGCCAGUAAGGGGCGUCUACACUGUUUGCAACAAAAUACUCAAUGCAUGUCUCAAGACAAAUUGCUUCACAGCAGCUCAUCAAAGGCUGUCCCAUUUCACAAACUCCAUCUAAUGCAGCCAAUAAACGAGUCCUACUUUCCCUGAACGACAAAUAGUGCAUCCUGUGUCGUAUGCCAUAACUCAGUGUCCAAGAUCAUACACAUCCCUCCCUAAUUUAUGGUCAAAAAUGCAAGUUUUAUUUGUUUUUUUAUUUAACACAUCAUGAUGUUGGUUCCAUUUACAGAAAAUAAAUCAUAGAAUAUGGUGUCGGACGGGGGUUCCUUUGAUUUACAACUGGACACUGCUGUGUCGGGUUGUCAGCCAAGACGGAGAAACUGCAUUGUCCAAACAUCCCUUCUUCUCUCAUCUAUAUGUGGCCGCUUCUAGACCAAGAUGGGGAUGGCUACAAUGCUAAACUUAUGGGUGAAAAUUUUAGCCACCAGAAGAACAGAUAAUAGCAUCAUAGCUAAGUUCACUUCACUGUUACAGUCUCUUUCCCUGCGCCGAGUGAUAAGUUAAAGGAAAAUUCACUAUAAUCAUCCACAGAGUCCAUUUUAUAUUCAAUGGUUGACGUCCUUUAUUAAUAACUGUAUUUCACAAGAAGCCAAUUCCAGACCUGUUUUUCCCCCACACAAAUAUUUCCUCUGCUGCUCUUUAAUGUUUGCUAUUUUGCACCAGCACCUUCCUUGGCACUAACAUUACAAUUACUGCCAGCAGGAAACACCUCUCCUUUCUUAUUCCCAUGGCUAAUACCUAUUUAUGUAAGAGUUUUUGAUGUUUCAACCCCAACAAACCACUUAACUGUGCCAAUACAGUAAGCCCCUUUUAUUCAUAAAGCGCGGCAGCAUCAGCUGGUGAUAAAUGUGCUCGAUGGAGCAUGGGUGGUAUGGGUUUCAUUCUCUGGGUGGUCAUAUUUGGGUAAGUGUGAAGUCCAGUAAAGGUGUAUAAUUUCAAGUGGCAUUUUCACCAAGCGUAUACCAGGUGUGCACACUCUUCCUUAAGCAAAGAGGAGGUUAGACACUAGAUUAUACAUUUACAGGCAUUGUCCCUAUAAUCACUUUGGGGAGUUGAUUCUGUUUGAAGAAUCUCCCUGAAAACGAUUUUUAAACAAAGCUCUCAGAAAAUUUGGCUGGAGAUUCAUUUCGUGAAAGGAAGACAAACAUGUGGCACAAAACGCUCGUCUUUUUAAUGGACUAAAUGGGGACAUUGCAGUCAGUGCUGUAAGAUUUGCUCAGGGUCUGGUUUCACUGUAUGAACCUAGCGUAUGGAUCAGAGAGAGCCAUUGAGAAGAGUGAGUGACAGAAAGCAGCAGGGAAGAAAGAAAGGAGCGAAAGAGUGUUCUGGCUUCUUGACCUCUUAGCAUAAGAAGUCCUCUGAGUUCAAACUCCAGUGAUUACAAGCUGAGCUGGUAUUUAAAGUGGCCUUAUCCCCCCCAACCCCUACCCUUCCCCUUUACCCCCACUCCCCGUUUGACUGCAGACUUGUGUGAGCUGUGUGUGUGACAUUGUCUUUGGCAUGAAUAUAAGAGUACAUACCACAUGAACCUGUGUUUCUGUGUGUAGGGGGUUUAGUUGGGUAGGUGGGCAGGGUCAGGGGUGGCUUGGUGGGGUUCUGGAGCCGGUGGGCCUUCUCCAUUGUCCCGGCUGGAGGAGUCAAAGGGGGCAACGAGUAUUGAUGCCGAUGGUAUUGCCUUCUUACAGCAGGGGGUUAGCAAUAAGAGUGUGUGUGUGUCCUUAAAUGUGUAUGUGAAGUUUUGCCCCAGGAGGAGCCCACAAGGGGCAGGAAAGGGAAAGUAAUUACAGAUGAUAUAGGACCAAAGGGAGGAAAUUGAUUAAAGAAAAUGGGUGACCAGGAAGUAAGCGGGGAUCUUUGUUUCCCCUGCAAUUAAACGAAAAUGUUUCACUGGUCCCUCUCUUUGAGCCGCGGAGGGGAAGAAGCACUUUCUUCUAGGGGGUGCUGGGGUGCUGUAGACAAAAGGAGAACUCAGUCACCUACUACAGAGAAUGAUAACCUCAGUAUUUAUCAUUAUCUCUGGUAUCCUAACUUUGAAUGUUACAUCCUUCAGUUCACAUUUUAAAGAGCUCCUACUGCCUUAUUUUGUGUUCUGCUUGUGGUACUCUGAGUUUCAAAGGUAGUAUGGAGGGUGGUCCUUGCAAUAAUUAGGUAAGUCCCCUCAAGAAUCACAGAACAAUUUGGUUCUGUUUGCUGUAAUAGCUCAACCAACUCACUCUGUAGAAGUGAGUUGCAAGAGGGCACAUUGCUGCCUAUCAUAGCAAAGCUGGACAUACUUUAGUCAGUAAAUCGAUUCUUGCCAGGUGCUUGUGAGUAUUUGGAGUGUAGUCCAGUUAAAUUGCGUUAACAAGCUUCAAACCUAGUUUGAUUUAAUUGUGCGUGUAAACGUACUGAGUGUGUGAUUAUAAAUUGUGAUAUGGCAUAACAAGAGCAUGACAGGCUGGACAGAUAAACGGAAAGCUUUACUCAGGCUGGGCAGACACCAUGCAGCUAAGUAAAUGUAAUGUUGGAAUGAAAGCUACAUGAGUCACUGUCAGCCAAUCAAAACAUGCCAGAAAUGUAUCCAACCUGUUGGGGGCAGCUGGUCAGACCAUAGUUUGCCCUCUUGCCUCCUAUACACUAGAUAAAACAAUUCAUUCCUUCUUUAAAGUUUGUUGUGCGACUAAAUAAACAAGGUAAGAACCAAGUGGCAACCUCUGAUCUUGAUCAUAGACUGUGUAUAGAAUGGAUGCCGUCUGCCUCCUUGCUGGCUGAAGCCAACCUGAGAACAGCACCCUCUGGUGACGGGCUGCAGUAUAGAUCAUAAAUCUCGCCUCCUCCAGCAAUCCCUAUGGAGCUGUGAACAAACUUUAGAAAUUUAUUACACAGAACAUACAUUUUUCUCCCCCCUGCUUGCGAUGUUCAGUCACUAAUUAGGAUGCUGUAACUGAGCAGUGGAACGAUUUGCCCCACCAUUACCAAGGACACUUUUUUUAGACAGGAAAUGCAAAGGGUCUUGUUGUGAGUAAACCGCCAGGGUGUUCGUAAUGCCAACCUAUCUUACUGCUUGUUACCUGCUUUGUCUGAUAUUUCUAAAGCAUGAGACCGUAUCAGUGGGAAGACCUUGUGGGGUGAUUCAACUCAUAUAAUUCAUGUUGAUGGGACAAGAUCAGUCUGUGAAUCUGUGUUUGCUAGAAUGGUAUGACUGGAUGAUCAUUGGUGCACAAAUUCUAAUGUUUUACCUAAAAUUUCAGGGAUUUUGUGAAAUAUGAUGUCAAACCAGUUGGUACUUUGGUGCCUGUUCAACUAAUAAGCAUAGCGUUUUGGUUAAUCUACACUUAAUGAAACUGUCUUUGGCAGCUGUAUCAAAACUGAAUUUUAGAGGGGGAAAAAAAACAUGUGUGAGUUUGUAAAUUUGAGGGAAAUCAUUGUACAAAAGUUAAAACAUACAGUUUACCGUAUCCUCAGACUUUCAGGUCAUCCCUCUCGCUCUCUCUCUCUCUCUCUCUCUCGCUCUCUUUCUCUCUCUCACCCUCUCUCUUUUUUACUGUUGCACCUCUGUUACUUGCCUGGCAAAUGCGAGUAUACAGUAUGAAUAGUUUUACAAGGCCAAGGGAGGAAUAACAGUGAGAGGAGGUGGUGGUGGUGUGUGGGGUUGGGGUUUUGGGGGGGGGGGGGGGUAAAGAAAAAGAAAACAGGUUGUCAGUGUGGUUGAACAGCAAAAUAGCAUUUUCUCCCUCGGGCUCAGCCUCCACAGAUGUUUCAUUCAGGCCCCAUGGCAGGGCCACUCUAAAAAGUGCUCCAGUCUCCGACACAAUUCAGCCCCUUUGUGCGCUGAAGGAGAGAAGCUCGGCCCACUGUUUACUGCUCGUCCACCCCCCCCCCCCCUUUCCCCCUCGCCUCACCCCCCUCCUCGUGUUAGCAGGCGGAACAAUUGGGGAGGGCCUUGCCCAGAGCUGGGGCGGUGUGGCAGGUCAACAGAAUGGGCUGUGAAUCCUGUGCCUCUGAAUCCUCCGGGUGGGUGGUCCGGCUCUCUCUCGCUCUCUCUCUCUCUCUCUCUCCUCUCACUGUGUCUCCCUAACACACACACACAUACACACAGAAACACACCCUCUCCUCUCCUCUCCUCUCCUCUCCUCUUAGUCUCUUAAUGAUUAGCUCAUCCACCGUACCAGGCCUGGUGCUGCUGCCUGGGCUCUGUGAUGUGGUGAUAGGUGGCCCACAGUGGAAGCCAGGCAGGGGUCUUUCUUCAGGAUGAGUGGACUCCCAAGUUCCCUCAUCACUGCGAGCAGGUCUGCGGACAAUCCUAGCCUAGAUAGCCAGCCUGCAGGAGGGGCCUGUAUGGCCCACGUGGAGCCUGCCAGAGACUGGGUGGCAGUUAACACUAAUCCUGCUGCUGAUUACCGCUGGCAUGGGGAAAUAAACACUAAUAAAUGAGGCUACAAGGCUGAGCACACAUACAUCCUUACAACGAGUACACCCACAUGAAAAAAGUACUGCUAACACACUUGUGCAACAACGCACACACACUUACAACCAUUCGAAAAGCAGAAGCACUGCAGCAUCUUUUUUCAUUAGGUGUUAUUGCAUAAAACAAAGAAUAGAUGGUGAAAAUUGUUAUUUAUUAUCUAAAAUUUAUGAUCUAAAAAGCCUAAAUGGUUAUUCAGAUGUCAAAGGAAGCAUGCAUAAAACUGAAAAGAAUAAAUUCCUUACUAUAAAUAAGUUUAAACCUGUCAAAACUUGUCAUUUUUUGUCUGGAUAUGAGUAAAAUCUAAAACUAUAAGCAUCUUUUCAAAGUAGUUGCUGAUUAAUAUUCAUAUUGUUGACCCCAUGGGUGAUAGUUGUCUUUGUAAUUCCUUUAUAAUGUCAGUAUAACACUGACCUAAGCUUUUAUCACAUAAUAACCCCUGCUUUAACAGUAUUACUAUUUCACUUUAUGGCUUGAAUAAAACCUGAACAGCAUUCCAGUGGAUGAUUCCUCAUUGUGUGAAACUUUUGUACCUCAUGUUUUCACUGUUAUACAAGAUUAUCAAUAGAUUUAGGUAACGUCAAUGUUAAUCCUAUCACCAGGAAAGAAAAAGGCCAACAUCCUCGCGCAAACCUGGCGUCUUUCCCCUUACCCACAGCGACAUCUAGUGAUCAUGAAACAGAAUUAACAUCACCAGGAAACCUGUGCAAGUAUUGUCCUGUAUUUUCCCUCCAGUCCUGAAAGACUAAACUGAACGCUUGGUUAUUUGAACUCCAUAAUAAGUUAAGAAAAUCACUAAUAAUUACACCCUCAGACACUUAGAAAAGAAAAUCCUUAACUGGUGUUUCAAUUUGUCCGAUCAUUUCAUUUUGUGCUGUAAAUAAAAUUUCUCUGCUUGAACCAAAGCAGGAGAUCUUUGUCAGUAAUCGGACACGUUACAUCAUACCAUACCUAUAUUUGUUCUGUUGUGUGAGGGGACUCUGAGGCAACACACCAGCGCUCUAUUUCCUGAGUUUGGGCAAGACUGUUCUUUGAUGCAUCCUGCUGAGGUCAGAGAUAAUGAUCCUCUUUUUGGCGUAGAGGUGUGAAGGUCUCUGAAGCAUUGAGGAAGAAACACAGCAAAUGAACACAUCACCUCCGGGUAGUGAGCUUUGAAGAUUACAAACUGGACUUUUUCCACCUGCCGCUCAUUUCAAACAAUGGCAUCGAUAAGUCCUGCUUUCCUCAUCCUUGGUAAGCCUCUGUUUAUGUUUAUGCAUAUUUUAUAAAUAUAACCUGUUCUAUGUUUAAAGUAUGAGUCCUUUUUUUCUAUGCAACUUUAAUGGUCUACCAGGUAAGUCACUGUCAGACAAUAAAAAUGCCAUAAAAUUCAAUAACUCAAGAAUAUAUGUCUUAAUACUUAAAAACUUGAGGUCCAAGUGCAAUAAAUCAUUGUAAAGCACACAGGACCACACCUUAUCGUGGACUACACAAGCUGGAAGUAAGUUCCCUUUACAGCUGAUGGAGCUACUUUUGUCGUAUAGAUAAGCAAGACAUGGCUCCAGAGAAUAUUUAGGAGGUAAUUUUUCUUUAUGUAUCAGUGUUUUUAAAAGAAAAAUAAAAAAGACUAAAAUAAUCACAAAACAACCACAAAAACGCUCACUGAGCCUGAUUUGAUAAUACUGCCGUUAUUUUGUGCUUCAACUUUAACCCCCCUUUGUGUGCAUCAGUCGCAGCUUUUCUAAGUUGUUGGUUUGGUUGUUGGCAGGUUUGGUUGUAGUUCUUGUCACACCAAGUGAUUCCGUGACGAACAGCACACCCACAAAGAGAGACAAUUCUACAACGGCUGUAACACUUUCCAACUCCACCAGCUUCACCAGCAAUGUCUCCGCCAGCACCGUCAGCAUGACCACCAACAACAGCACCAAUGCACCCAAUGUCACAGAGAAAGAAGGUGAGAGACCUAAUUGUGCUUUAUCUGAGCUUUGCUGAUAUGUUGUAAGUGCUUGGUUCUCUGAAAAUCUUGUUCCUGAUUUAAAAGGUGGGAAUACUACAGAUGGUGAAGUACCAACGACCAUAAUGCCAACACGACCAAAGCUAACACCCAAACCUGAUGAUGACAAAAAAUCUACAGCUGUCCCAACUGAAAAAGACGAUCAGGAGGACAAAGGUGAGACUUUUGAUAAAUCAUCAAAAUCCUACUGGAGCAUUUGCUGAUGGACAAGUAGUAAACGCUAAACUGAGGUAGAUUUUACUAUUUAUUAAAUUUUUUUUGUUAACAUUUCGGCACACAACUGAACUUGUACAACCUAGCUUGAAAAUCCUCAUUAAAACACAUAGUUCCCACCACCUGUCCACUUUUGCAAUCCCAGUUUGGGAUUGGUCCAUCCAUCCAUCCAUUUGAAUAACAGAGAAAACCUGAGAAAUGUUAGUAUAUCGGUUUGAAUUUUAAACCUUUACUCUCUGACUUCAUCAAUCAAUAUUUUUUAAUGAAAAGAUUAGCCCACCUGUAACAUGUUUUUAAGGUUUUGCUUGGGUCACUCUGGCCUUUUACCGUAAAAUGUUAUGCUGCUUUUUGAACUUAAGGACAAAGUUGUCGACUCUUGGAAAAAAGGACCUCAUUUAGGGCUCAAAAGACAGUUGGUACCCCUCAAUAACCAGAGGAGAUUCAGUAAAACCUAAUUAGUCUUUAUGGAUGUUAAUUACUGAAAAUGAAAAAAAAAGCUCUGUUAGCAGUGUAAAUAUUUUAGGCAAUUGAUAGUGAAUAAUGUUGGAAAGUAGGCCAACGUUUGCAGGGUGGUACUACCACAGUCAGGCUUUUGCUUGAUUUUUCAUUUAAAAUGACCGAAUAAUCAGGAAAUACACCUUUAGUCACUACAGUAGCAUAUGCUUAAAUUAGGCUAACUCGAGUUUCCAUCUGAUAGUGGCCUGUCAUAAAUGGAAAAGGACAUUUGAAAAACAAUGAGCAGAUUCUUUCAGUUAAACUGUUUAUUAAAAUAUAAACUUUUAUUGUAUUUCUCUCAGGAAAGAAAACUCCUGGGCCAGCCGCAUCAGCGGGUGACAGCACCGGUGAGUUAGCCUACAUCUAAAGGAGCUUGAGGUCAUUUGUUAUUGUAUUAUUAACUUCAUACAGUAAAAAUUAAUGGAAGUUUUCACCUCCAUCAGGUAUCGUCAUCUUAAUUGUGAUCAUUAUCGUCGCUCUUAUAUGUGGUAUUGCCUGCUUCUUUGCACGGAGCAGAGGAAGGGUAAGUCAGAAAGCCAUUAAAUGCUUGCUCAAAACCAUCAGGCUUAAAGGCCCUAUAUUAGACGUACAUCUUUUUGUCUCAUCUCAUGGUAAUGCUAGUAUAAUAGGGUUUUUUGAUCUGUUUGUGUUUCAUGCCAACAAGCCAUGACUCAGUGCAGAGGCACUGUUUUUUAAAACAAAGUUUUUAUUUUUGUUAUGAAAAAGGACAUCCACUGGUGUUGAGUGUCAUAUUUUUGUCAUCAGCCACUUUCCCCAUUUUUAACUGUUAUCACAAAGCUAAUAAGCUAGCUUCAUAUUUAGCAUAGAGAACUUUCAUGACAUUAAUUUGCAUCUUCCUCACUCUUUUGCCCAUCAGCGCUACUCUGUCGACCUCACAUCCAGACAUGAUGAAGCCAACAUCCCCCUCAGCACUGUGGAGCCUGAACUGCCUAUUAAUGCUGUACCUCAGAAUGGUAUGUCUACAACAUACACACCUGAUUAAAAAAAAACAUUGUCACAUGAACAAAAUCUGACCCCUGAUUGUGCACUGUGAUUCUCUUUUAAGGCCUACAGACCUUUGAGAGCAUAGACAUGAGCGCAAAAGAGUCCCAAGAGUCAGAGAUGAAACCUAAAGCCCAAGAGGAGCAGAAAGGUAAUGAUAAUAAUAAUAAUUAUAAUAUUAAUAAUAAUAAUAAUAAUAGUUUUCAAAACAGGGUUACAGAGUGUUUUACAAAUUAAAACAAGAUAGAAAGAGAAGAGACACAAAAAGGAGAAAUUUGACAAAAACAAUGAUCAAAAGUUUUAAAGUUUAGCAACACAGUGGUGAUUUAACAACAGAAGCAAACAGAUAAAUAGAUACAAAAGUAUAAGAGAAAGAUUAAUGGCAGAAUCGAAAAGGAAAUAUUGUAAAACAAAAAGGCCACAAAAACUAUGGACCAGCAUAAAGCAAGUUAAAAAGGGUUAUAAUUGUAUAUAAAUCCACACAUAUGUAAAAAUACAAACACACGAAAUAUUUUGCUAUGUACACACUCAUACACACAUAGUGAAGAUAAAGGUAAAGGAUAAAAGAGGUUGUCUGUGAUACUGCUUGGGCUCAGUAUACUACUGAGUCAGUAAGUUUAUUUAAAGUACGCAGUUUGCGGACAUUUGACAAAGCAAGUGUUCAAGUCAAACCUAGUCAAGUUGUGAAUUUAGAAAAAAGAAGUUUUGUGGGCUGUGGGUGUGCUUUUUCCUUCCCCUUUUUUAAGAUCAGUUAAACUGAAUAAAAGGAAGCGCAGUUGGUGAAAGCUCUUCACACUUUACACCCACUCUAAAGUACCGAGCCACUGAGUGUCACAGCCACAAAGCAGACACAUGAAAUGCUAAAGCUUUGAAAUGUGUUAGGUGUUACAAAAGGCAUGGAUUUAUUAGCCUAAAAUUAGUUUGAAACAAAAUGACUGAAUUCCUACUUCACUCAAGUCAGUUUAUUUCAAACAAAACCGCAGGGUAUUGAUAAACUGUGAAUUUUACAGGAAAUUCUUAAGAAGUUUGCAGCUGACUCAUACAAGACAACAAACAGUUCAUGAAUUCACAUUGCACAGUCAAGGACUUCCUUGUAAAGUCUGAAAUAUGUGUUGCAAAGUCUGUGCUCACAGCACUUUUUUGGUUUGAGGGGUGAUUUGAAUAUAUUGCGUGCAGUUCUCCUGUUUACCACUUGAUGGAAAUGGAAGUCAAGUUAACCAUCUUCAUGCCCAGUCAGCCUGAGCGACACCUUGUACCUCCUGCAGUGAACUUUUGCCACAGAAAAUAAAUUGUUUUUAUUUGUGCUAAUUCAAAAUUUGAGCAGGACCUGCUCCAGCCUUUUCUUCAGAUUAAAAUGUAAUGAAAUAAACUUACAUCAGUACACCCAAACAUUUGUAAAUUCUGGACAUGCUCUUGUAGACAGACAUUUUUUUUUCCUCAGGUGAAAUCUGAAACAUAUGCAGUUUUCUAUAUUACUUGUUCUUGUUUUGUUGUUUCAAAAAUGUCAUUCAUGUGUGAAUGAAUGAAGAUGUUCUCCCAGGCUUAAAAAAGGUGGAAGGUACAGUUCAUGUCCAGACCUGCCCUCUGCUUCAGGCCACACUUUGUUUAAAUGGACAGUGCUGAUGGUUGCUUUGGAAAGCGCCAUGGUCUGAAAAAGUUCACUUCCUCUCAUGACAAAGACUUGAUAAAAGCUCUCCGGCUAGUAGAGUAGAUACGUCGCUGAUCACCCCUGUGGACAUCAGCUACCUUAGACAUCACUGACUUCAUGUAAACACUCAUACAGAUUCCCCUCUUUACCUCCAGUCCUAUGAUAAAGGUAUCUUGGGAGGCUUUAAGGUGGAAAGAGUUAAUGCUUGGUGAAUUCAUAGAUUUGUCAUGAAUGUAUCCGAAAUAAAAGUUGUUAUAAUGUUUAAUACAAUCUCAGUGUAAAUCCUCAUACUUCAGAAUGACAUAGGCAUGAAGAGACAUGAAACAGUUGGAAAAAAACACAAAAUGAUGACAUGCUUUAUGUCUCUAAGUAACGGCAUAGUGUUACCGGAAAAUCAGUCUUCAGGUCAAAUGAUAAGAGAGCAGCAGUAGAGGUUGAACAAUAAAGCUUAACCAACUUUUACCAGAGUAAAACACAAAUAGCUUUCCUUGUAGAUGAGUAAAACUACUUCUCCUUUUUUAAUUUUUUUAAACAAUGAAAUGUUGACAGCGAAAGCUUUUUGAAGUAGAUGAGGCCAGGAAGAAAGAAAACGAGUGGUAUAGUCAGAGACCGUUUGCUCCUGUAGACAGGAGCAUAUAUAUUUAUUUUCAGUUGUGUAAAAUUAAAAGUACCAACUGUUUAUCAGGCAUUGAGUCCAAGGUUAUGAAAGUAGAAUUAAAAGCUGUGCUAAGCAGGUCAUUAGUCCACCUGUAAUAAAGAGUCUAGUCACCCGCCGUAAACCUGACAGACACGAUGAUUCUCUGAGGAUUGCGAUAAUGCCCGAGGAGCCAUCUCACUCACUGCAGAAUUAUCUGCAGACCAGCGGUCACCUUCCUCUCCCCUUCAUCUCUGCUUUCCCUCCACCUAACCUCGGGUCAGAUAAUGAUGGGGCCGCCCUACUUUCCCACAGCCUCCAACAGCUGCAUGGCUGUGGCUCAUUAGGAACUGGUCAGUAAUCAGCCGCCUCAUUACCAACAUGGUGGCCCCCUGAAAUGCCUGGAGAGAAAUCCUCCCCUUUACUGUCAGAGAGGGAGAAACCACUUCAGGCUGUUGGAGUGGAAACACUGUUAUUAGGAAGCUGCAAGACAAAGAGAGCUGAGAUCAAACCUGCAGUGUCAUAGGAGUUAAGAUGAUAACGAAAUGUUGCAAGAGUAUUUCACAAUUUCUUUAUUGCAUAAGGUUAACUUCCUUUGACAAUGGUAUGACAUAAAUGUGUUUUUCCAUUCAAAGACUUUUAUUUUGUUGAAUCCAUGUUUUUUUUUAUUAUAACAUCAGGUUUUUGGUAUAAAACAGUAAAAAAUAUAUAAAAACAGCUAAAAAACUAAAGUCAUUUGUUUCAUUUCUCUUCACAGCUGAUGCUGAUAAAUCUGAACCCAGCGCUGACCCUGCAGCUCCUGCACCGUCCCCAGACAGCUCUGAGGAUAAGCCCAAAGGGGACGUUGUUGAGCCGAGCCCUCCUGCACCUGUGGAGCCGAGCGCUGACGAUAAAACUGAUGACGAAGGCGCCAUUUCCACCAAGACUUCAGUGGAAUCGCUGAAGGAGACAAACAAUAACAACAGCAACAAUGCUGACCUCAGCCAAGAGACAGGUUGGGGGCCAUAAAAGGGUUUCUGUCAGGGCUUUAUAGUUUCAGGGGUAUUUUUUUACUCCCCUGUACUCUCUCAGUGACACUGAGUUCACUCGGAUUAGCUGAGGAGUUUUUCUUGGCUGUAGGUUUGUCUUAGUUCUACUUUAUUGCAACAUGUGACAUUUCAACACAUUUUACCAGAUAACUAAAAAGAGAACUUACAACCAUGCAAUUACUGAGUGGUUUUCCUAAUAUAAUGUGUCUCAUCUUCAGUGAUGUGGAAACUCACUUCAUGCACCAUUGUAAGAUCAUUUUACAGUCUGGGUGAAUAUUCCUAAAAUAGAUUUAUUCUAAAAUUGAAGUUAUCAUUUGCUUUAUCCUCUUCAAACUGGGCCUGAACAUAUUUAUAUUUAUAUUUUCGGUGUAAAAUUAAGUUAGGGUCAAACACACCGUAACAUCGAAUUAGACACCCCGUCGAGAGAUGAAUGUUGCCAACCGCUUACUUCUCUGGUUAUACCAAUUUUAGUAACGACCACACGAUAGCAAUACACAGCGGUCUGAAGAGCCAUAAACAAACCUCAACCAAAACGCCACUCUAUAGCCACAAAUAAUGCUCAGAACAGCACCUAAACUCAUCAACAGUACAUAAAGGGUCCUAGCCAUAGUACUAGCCACCAAACAUCUUUUUAACUUUGCCUGAUUUCUUUAGCAAAGAGACUAAACACAACUCACCUACUCUCUUCCAGCAGCCGCUUGUUUGUAGCGAGACCUCAGGCCAGUCCAUAACGGACUGCAGCGGGGUGACACAGCUCAAGGAAGAACAUUUAUGAUCAUUUCUUCAUGGAUAUGCAAUCAGACCGAGAUGCUAAGGCAAAAGAACUACCGUGUCUGCUGUGCAAAAUGAUUUAUAUGGUGAUUAUUACUUCAAGGAAAUGAUAAAGAAAUGAUCAUAAAUGUUUUCUGUUGAGCUGCAUCACCCCACAGUAAUUGACUGGUCUGAGGUCUCACUACAAACAAGCGGCUGCUGAAAGAGGGUAGGUAAGUUGUGUUUAGUCUCUUUGCUAAAGAAAUCAGGCAAAGUUAAAAAGAUGUUUGGUGGCUAGUGCUGUGGCUGGGACCCUAUAUGUACUGUUGAUGAAGUUAGGUGCUGUUCUGAGCAUUAUUUGUGGCUAUAGAGUGGCUUUUUGGUUGAGGUUUGUUUAUGGCUCCUCAGACUACUGUGUAUUGCUAUCGUGCGGUCGUUACUAAAGUUGGUAUAACUAGAGAAGCAAGCGGUCGGCAACAUUCAUCUCUUGAGGGGGGUGUCUAACUCGGUGUUACAGUGUGUUUGACCCUAACUUAAUUUUUACGUCGGAAUAACCCUUUAAGGCUUCAGCUGUUUGGGAUUUAGUCUGUGUUUUUUUAAUAUCAGACCUCAAGUACAUAACUUCCUCCUUUAUUCCCAAGAAAAAUGUUUUCAAGCUGAGUUGCCUUGAAGAGAUACACCAGUUGGAUCCUUAGAAAGCCUGUGAAUCAUAUCUUCACUCAUUUUUAACUACUUUCUUCUUUGUGUUUAACAGAUUUGAUGUCAGGCAACAACCUCUUGGACCUCCAGCUUGACUGUCCAGUGUGAAGUGCGCUGCCCUUCUCUGCUCCCUCUCUCCAGGAUCUCGGUAAGAGCACAGAACGGAUGUAAACUGCAGCUGCUUCACCUCUUAGCCAGCUAAGGUGUUGGUCAAAGGGAAAACCCCUACCCUGAACUGCAUGUCAACAGUCCUCAUACCACCGCUGGGAGUGCUGCGUUACAGCUUCCUGUCCUGAAAUGUGAUUUUAAAUAUAGAGGAGUCAUUACCGUUCAGUCUAAAAUUAUAAAAUGUGCUCUUCUGAAAAACUGUAAAUCAUGCUGACAGCCUGACAUCAAGAAGUUUAUUAAUACAUCCUGCUUCCGCAUCCGAAACUAAGCCUCUCUGCUAAUUGACAAAAUCAGUAUCACAACAUGCAGUCAUCAUUUUCAAACCCUUUGCUUGUUGUUGUGAGAGCUUUUCUGAUCGAUUACUCUUAAAAGAUUUUUGUAUUUUAAUUAAGUUGUGUGAAAAAUACUUUCUCAUGAUCUAUCCACCUUUAACUACAUCUUACACUGCCCAUCAUUAUAACCACGUCGUCUUUAUCACAGAGUCAGGCUUUUACAAUGACAGGAAAACUCAAUCCCUUUAUUAAAACAAAGAAAAAGACAAAAAGACCUAAAAUUAGAUUUUUAGGCCAACAUCAACCUUUCAGGCUUCAUAUUUGGUCUGAAAGUUCUUUAAUAUGAAGGUAGUUUCUUUUUUUCGAAUCUUUAUCACACUGUCAUGGCUGAAUUUAUCUACACUCAGCUUUCUUCCUUUUUCCUCCCUCUUUGUUUUAACUUAUCCUCCGCUGAUGGAUGACAUCCUUCUAACACGAGUACUAACAUGGGCCCUCUCAGUCUAAUCAUCACGUGCUUCAGGAUGUAAGGCCCAUAUCUGCACCUGCACUCCUCCUCUCCUCUGAGACCUGAGGAAUUCACACCACUCUUAACAGCUGAUGAUAAGCUUACAUCUGAGGAGCUGAGCGUUCGGUUGAUCUGUGUUCAACGUUCACGGAUCAUCUCUGUUCUCAAAAAAGCUUUGGAUAUCCAAAACACCUCUGCAGAGGCCCUCAGUUGUUGUCCUAUAUGUUUAAAACCUUGUUCUGCUUUAAAUAGCCCUUUAUCUUAAUAUCAAACCUCAAUCGAACGCUCUUUUUGGCUCAAACCAUCUUGUUUCAUGUUUAAUUUGUUAUUUUGAUGCAGACUUUUUAUGUAUCUCUGAUCCUUAAAUCAGAGAUCAUGAUUCAAUGGAAAUAUCUUUGUCUUGUUAACAUUCAACCAAAAUCCCAAUCUUUAUUAAAUGUUUACCAAAGUCAUUUGGUUGACUCAACCUCACCAAACACUGAUAAAGAUUAACCCACUUAACAUGACCGCAAUCAAACCUGAAUCUCCUCUGUUUGCCUACUACAAACUUUUAAUCCAAGAAGCACAAAAGGAUGAAAAUGGCCCAACAAAAACAUAAACCUUUCUCAAGUUACUCCUGCAAUCGUUCAGGAGAACAAGAAAAGCUGUUGGUCUGUUUUCUAAAUGUAAUAUUUGUCUCUUUUUCUAAUUACUUAAAAAAAAAAAACUAUUUUACUCAUUUAUUUCAUCUUUAUUAUCUCAUUUUGGGACACCUUUAGAGUAGCUUCGCAUAAUUUGCAACUCAAAGAAUAAUAUAAUAUAACUGUCGUGUACACAUGUACAUCAAAAUCCCCAUUUGAUGACUAUUCAGCCUCUGUCUAAAACGCAUUAUUCUCGAUUAGAAAAGUACUUAGAGCUUGUGGUUCAAAGCCCUCAUUAAAGGUAACAAGUGAGACAUGAAUUCAGCUCACCCUAUAUUAGUUAUUUCGCCUUCUUAUUAAACAAAGGAGUCAUCAGUAAAGCGGGGAGCACAAACAGCUACAUUCUGGCUGGUGUUUCAUCAAAACAUGAACUUACCCCUGUUUUCUGUUUCCAUCACCUUUGGAUAGAAAGAACAGCAGCAACCUCGUCUCACAGGCCAAGUGUCGCUGGACAAUUGAAACCAGUCAGUCAGAGAGCCUAGUAUUCACAUCCAGGAUUUACACCAGUAGCUGUGAAUCUCAUCUUUCAAACUGUUGCCGUUGUUUAUAAUGGCUAUCAAUCUUUUUAACUGCAUGUAUUAAAACACAGGUAAGUAUACAUAGGUCUCAUUUGAGAACAAGUAAAAUGUUUUAGGUGAAAUGAUAUAUACGUUACUCAACACAUUUUGGUUUCUGAGUGGAAUGAGUGUGUCCUCUAUAAACUGGUGUUUCACAGGAAGUUCAUGAUGGAAGUUUGAAGAUCUUUGCUUUUGCAUAAAUUACAAAGGUGUUACAUGGAUUAAAUGCAGUUUGGAAUAAGACUGUUUCUCAAAAGGAAGUGACAACUGAAUCAUAUCCUGAGAAGACUUUGAAAUCAUUAUGGCUCUUAAGUGGAAAAACAAAAGCCCAAAGGAAAAAAGCGAACCCCUCAUUCUCUCCCACCUGGUCCGAGACGUGAUGAGCAACCUGGAAACAUCAGUUGAAAGACUGCUCCCGGUUCUGCAGUUGAGAAUAAUGGAUACGAGCUGACAAGUCAUAAACUAAACCAGCAUAAUUAGACCCGAGCUCCACUGUGUUAUUUUCCAGUCAGAGCUGGGCUUUCAUGUUUGAUGGUUAAUGUUGGAGGAAACUGUCUGCACUGCCCAGGAUGAAUAUUUCACAGCAAGGAGGAGGCGAGUGGAAGAGAGUGACAGACCGAGCUGUAACUGUCUGAGACAAUAAAGGCUGGUAGUUAACCAGACAGGGCUUGUUUUAUUAGCAGAGGCUGUUUUUGGAGGGUGGGUGAUGGCACUGGUUCAGAGACAGGUCAUAAGGAUAAGGAAAGCUGAGGAUCCAACGCAAACCAAGUUUGUGUUUGGUUUUUUGAGUCACAUUCUGACUUAAGUGUGUGCUCAGAAACUAACCCCAUCAGAAGUUUAAACAUCUAUUCAUGGAUUUUUUUCAAUCUGUUCCUCUUCUUUUAUUCUUCCAAAUGAGAAGAAACAUCAUCAUUCUUUCAGGCGAUUCUGGAGCUGCAAACACAGGUUUAUGGGUAGCAGGAUGACAAUACUCAAUGCAGUAAAUGAAGGAUUUUUGUCUCAGUAAUAACAGUGAAGGAAAGCUUCCUGCCUGGGUGGUUUGAUGUGGUUCAGAUCGGCGGGUCGCCCAUUACACCUGGGCAGCUUUACAGGAGGGAGGGACUGUCAGGAAACACAGACCGACAAUCCCUUCAGACUAGGAAGAGAAAACAGCUGGUGGAGGAGGACUCUGCCUCCUCCACUCUUUACUUUCUGCCACAAAGCAUCAAGUUUUGGUCAAGAAAUUGAAAACUUGCAUUUCAAAGUCUCGAAUGCCACGUUUAGACUUGUCAAAUCAAAGGGCUGUGUUUGAAGUAUUUGCUGAUCAGGAAUGGUCACAAAGAAGUGGACAGUUUUCUGACUGAAAAUCCCUCUGUUAAUGCAAUGAACUACAAACUUACAAAAAAAAAUCCCUAAAAAGGAAUGUUGAAAAUUACAUAACCACUAUUUACAUAUUAAAAAAAAACAAAAGCCUUGCCACCUAGACGUUUAGUUCAUUCACGUCUGUGUUUUGGGAUAAACAGAAAACAUUACCCAGACACCGUCAUCUUGGCAACAGAACAACAGCAAGCAUUCAUCAAAAGAUGCAUUCAGUUUCAUUCAUUAGCGUCAACCUACGACGUAAAAUUCCGUGCAUGGUUCAACCACAAGUGUGUUUUUUUUGUCAAGCUUUUUGUGGGUCUGCUCAACAUUUUUUCUUUGUGACCAGAUUCAAACUUCAAGAUUCACGUCACCAAAAGGACGUGAGGUGAACAAUAUUGGAGGCGUUCAAAUCCAGUCGAAAAGAAACUCCUCAUUUCAACAUAUUUUUUUUACAUGUUGGCUUUUCAUGAAAGAUUUGUUGUAGUGGGUGGCUUCUGUGAGAUUUUCUUUUAGGGGGUUCUUGCUUAGAGUUGGAUUAAGGAAUUAAUAUUUUUUCUCAUAACCAUCUGGGAAGUGUAGUUGAAGUCAGAAGCGGUUUGAUGCAGCCUAUAUUAGUUUUGCAUUAAAGGGAUAUUCCAGCGUAAAAUUAAGUUAGGGUCAAACACGCCAUAACACAGAGUUAGACACCCCGUCAAGAGAUUAAUGUUGCCGACCGCUUGCUUGUCUGGCUAUACCAACUUUAGUAACGCCGCCGUCUCACCGUCUCUCUUCCAGCAGCCGCUUUGUUUGUUGACCUUGGGUGGGUCCAUCAACUGCAGCGGGGUGACGCAGUUUAAGGAAGAACAUUUCUGAUCAUUUCUUUAUGAUUUCCUUGAAGUAAUAAUCAUCAUAUUAAUCAUUUGGCACUUCAGAUGUGUUAGUUCUUCUGCCUUAGCAUCUCGGUCUGAUUGCAUUUCCAUGAAGAAAUGAUCAUAAAUGUUCUUCCUUGAGCAGCAUCACCCCGCUGCAGUUGAUGGACCCACCCAAGGUCUCCAUACAAAACAAGCGGCUGCUGGAAGAGGGUAGGUGAGACGGUGGCGUUACUAAAGUUGGUAUAGCCAGACAAGCAAGCGGUCGGCAACAUUCAUCUCUCGACGGGGUGUCUAACUCAGUGUUACGGUGUGUUUGAUCCUAACUUAAUUUUAAGCCAGAAUACACCUGUAAGUCAGGAGAAAAGAUGCAGCUCCAAGUAAAGUCGUGUUCUUUGGUUUGACUUUUUUUUCUGAAUGAGAACCCCUCCUAACACGUUGAAUGCUGUGGAUUAAUGAUAUUAACAAAUUUUCAAGUUGGAUUCCUGAAAAGUGUCAGGCCGUCAGUUGUGCAGCUUGUGAAUCCUGCAGCAGAGGUCAAGUUGAGAAGGUCACUUUCACCUGUUAAAGCAUCAUAAACUAAAUAAAAAAAAGUUUGUUAGUCAUUCCAGGCAUACAUUGGAAAAAUAAAUCUGUCAGUCUUGUUUGGCCUUUGACUUGAGAGGAUGUGGCUCUGUCAACAUAUUAAAGACUGUGCAGCAGAAAAAAGUUAAGGAGAUUAAAGAACUAGUUUUUGGUAGAUUUUUUUUCAAUCUGAGCUUCUCUUGAGAUCAGGGUGUGUUUUUGUUGAAAAAAAAAAAAGCUCAGUGACGAGUGAAGUCAGCCUGAUUGUCCUCAAAGUGGAUCCUCUGCUGAGCUCCUUGAUUGGUGCGAUUACACAAGGACCCCAGAUUGAUGCCUUCCUCUUUGUAUGCCAGACUUUACAAGGUUAGCUUCCUGUGUCACCCCUCUUUAUCAAAACCAAAACCUCUGUCCGCUUCUUGCAUCGGUUCUUUGACCUGCAGAGGCUUCUGGGUUGAGGUUCUUACCAGAGGUCAGGGGUCAGACAAUCCUAAUUAAAGGGUACACACAGCGGCUGAAGGAGAAUAAUGUGGCCUCAAUGUCAGAGUCAACUGGCUGACAUUCUUUGCCUGUCGCAGAGCAAGUCUCUGCAGAAUUGGGUGUGCAGCGGCCGCUGUGAUGUGAAGCUUGAACUGGGAUAUAUUUCAACAAACAACCCUGCACAUGACACAACCUGAAACAUGGGAAAACAGUAUUUGUGGGAAAAAGAGAAAGUCAUGAAAAAUGGUUGAUUUUUUUUUUUGGCUGGCAUCUCUAUCAGGUAGUUUUCUUUGUGCACUGUUUGAAUAAUUAUCUUAUAUUUGAGCUUGCAAUUUUUAAUUCUGAAUUCAUGUUUUAAUCCUUCUGCAGGAGUCAGUUGGUUCAGUGGAAAGUAAAAGUGAUUGGUCUUUUAAAAGGCUAGCUUUUACUCCGUCCUGUUGACCUACAUCCUUUAUUUUAGGAGAUGUCAAAGUAUACUGGGCCUUGACCCUCACUAUUUACACCAUAGACACUUUACAAGAAGAGUGUCACAUUUUCUAGAUUCUUCCUUUGUACUUCACUUUAUACUCUGGCAGGUGGCCUUCAAAACAUUUAGAGGGCUUAAUUUAGCACAGGGGUGUUUCUCUUCUUCGCACCUCACUGGCGUGGGUACAUGAUAUUGAGUCAAUUUUUAACAAUCACACUCUUAUCCUUUGGCGAUUCACUGCAAAUGUGUGUUUUGGUUGGCAGAAAGGGUGUCAAGUCAGUCCCCUGGCUCCACUAGCGAGAUCACUCCUGUGCACGCCUCAAUGUCAGUGCUAAGCUGUCACUUUUUACCCGCAUCAGGCUGUCUAAAGUAGCUUUCUGUUUGAUCCAGUGGAAGGCCCUCUCAGCAUAACCUGAACUGUGCAUGCACUCUUAAGUUCAGUCAGUAUUUUUCAACAAAAAAGGAGGAAUCGAGAAAACAAAUCCGUGUUCAAUGGACAGUCUGGGUACCUGAGAAGUCACCUGACACCUGAUGGCAAAUCCCGGAGGACUUAUUUUCCACUGAGCAUGAAUAGUUGUGUCAGAGAAUAAGGGAUAACUUUGACCUCCUGGUUUUUCCAAAAGGAGGUCAGUUUACUUAAGUGAGUAGAAUUUGCCCUCCAGGGAUCUGGACUAUCUGGACCAAAUCUGAUGGCCAUCCAUCCUGUUUUUGUCAAGAUAUUUUACACUAAAUUUAAAUGCAGUCAAAGGAGCUAGCAUAGAUAAAACUCCAUAAACAUGGAUACAGCCGCCUUUAUGUCCAGGGGCCUUCGGUGAGCUGUAACUCCCCCAGAAUGCAGACCCCAUGAGGUCCACAGCUGUAGGGACAGUUUUGUCUCCUGUUGCUCUCCAUGCUGGUUCAAACAUUCCUGCCCCGGCUGUGUGCAGUUGGCAGAGCUACUGUGAUCAGGAGACCUGCUGACAGACGGACACUCAUUCACCUGCUGGUAUCGCCUCUGGCAUCGGCUCCACAUUCCUCAGGCAGUGUCAGGCUGUCAGAGUCACACCGUAGCUUUAUUACAUCUUUGUCUCUCAUCAGUCACUCACAGUUUAAGGCUCAGGUGGAGUCUCAGGUGAUGCUGAAUGAACGUUGCUGAAAAUGUUAGUUUUUUUUUUUUCCUUUCAUGUUGUUGAGUUGAUGUGUGAAAGUAUUUAGUAUUGAAACAUUCAAAUGGAAGCAACAAAGAACUGUAAACUGGCGUAAAAAUUAAUUAAGGGUCCAACACACCAUAACACCAAGUUAGACACCCCCUCGAGAGAUGAAUGUUGCCGACCACUUGCUUCUCUAGUUAUACCAACUUUAGUAACAACCGCACAAUAGCAAUACACAGCAGUCUGAGGAGCCGCAAACAAACCUAAACCAAAAUGCCACUCUAUAGACACAAAUAAUGCUCAGAACAGCACCGAACUUCAUCAAAAGUACAUAUAGGGUCCCAGACAUAGCAAUAGCCACCAAACAUCUUUUUAACUUUGCCAAAUUUCUUUAGCAAAGAGACUAAACACAACUCACAUACUCUCUUCCAGCAGCCGCUUGUUUGUAGCGAGAACUUGGGCCAGUCCAUUACGGACUACAGCGGGGUGACGCAGCUCAAGGAAGAACAUUUAUGAUUAUUACUUCCUGGAUAUGUAAUCAGACCGAGACACUAAGGCAGAAGAACUAUCGCGUCUGCAGUGAAAAAUGAUUAAUAUGAUGAUUAUUACUUAAAGGAAAUGAUAAAUGAUCAUAAAUGUUCUUCCUUGAGCUGCGUCACCCCGCUGUAGUCCGUACUGUAGAUGAAGUUAGGUGCUGUUCUGAGCAUUAUUUGUGGCUAUAGAGUGGCUUUUUGGUUGAGGUUUGUUUAUGGCUUUUCAGACCGCUGUGUAUUGCUAUCGUGCAGUCGUACUAAAGUUGGCAUAACUAGAGAAGCAAGCGGACGGCAACAUUUAUCUCUCGAGGAGGUGUCUAACUCAGUCUUAUGGUGUGUUUGACCAUAAAUUAAUUUUAUGCCGGAAUAUCCCUUUAACUCCUAACUCAGUCAAUCAGAAACAUAUUUAUACUUGCCAGUCACUGCAACUCUCCAAACUUCCUACCCUUUUUAUUUUACUUCUUUUUCUUGAUUUGGCUGAGGAGAUUUGACGUUUCAUUGUUUAAAAGUUGAGCACUGCCCCCCUUAACUGAAGGGAAAGGGGGGCAGUGAAUUUGCUAGGUUGACUUGGCUGCUGAAGGGGCUGUAGUUAGCAUAGUUUGAGUACCUCUCAAGCUCUGCAUUGUAGUUCAGGAAAAUGUCACUCUGGAGUAAUCAGUCUGUCAGACCUGUUACUUUUUAUCGCUCCAGUUGUUGUGACUUCUGUUUUUGUGCACACCCCUUGUUGAGUCAAUAGCCCCAAUAAAAACAUUCAUCACUUCACAAAGUACAUACAAGUCCAGUUCAGUGACACAUGACGUAAUGUUUAGGUAUUCAUUUGUGCCCCGAAGAAGCCAGCUAAAAGGUAUGUUCCUUAUGUAACACGAAAUGAAAUUAAGAACAUUUUGUCCAACUCACAGCUGUCUUAUUUGAAACCUUUAUUUUUGCUUAAAAAGGGUUAAAAAAAGGACAAACUUGACCUUUAAAUAGUCUCUACAAAGUGCUGUUGUCAAACCUGACAAUAGCACUUUGUAGAGAGUUUUUUUGUAUUCAUGGGUGACUAAAAAAGGUGAACAUCCUUGCUUGGGAUUCAGUUGGGCAUUUUCCUCCUUACUACUAAAUCCCCACUGGAAUUCCCAAUCUUUCAGCAGCCAGGUUUCACUCUAGUGGCCAACUGGUCUCCCCAGAUCCCUAUCUGUCAUUGGGGUUUAAACUCUGCAUAGCUGCAUGGACUUAGAUAAAUGUGAAGUCCUACCUGCAACCUGAGCCGCAGUACUCUAGUCUAAAAACACACUCCUUUAGAUUAGUUUUGAUUUAACUCAGAUUUGAGCUUUUGUGGGCUGUGUGAACAAACACCACUUUGAAAUACAAACGAAAGGGUUUGAGGGAUUGUCAAGAUGCAAUAAGCUAGCUGACCUGAAACCUUUGUAAAGUAGUCAUUUCUUCAAAUGACAGCUAAAAGCAAUAACAGAAAUGACUAGUUAUCUCUGUAGACAAACAUAUGAAUGAUUCCUCAGACCUCUCUGUCCUCUCGUCCCAUCAGCCUCAGGGACAACUCUGUCUUUUAGUCAUUUAAUGGUUAAGCGUAAAUCACUUCAAUAGAUCUAGAGCGGGAUUAUGUCAGUUUUCCUUUCCCUCAAACAGAUGUUUCUCCAGAAAGGUCAAAGAUCAUGACAAAGGCCACAUAAACUUGGCCAAAGCAGAAGGUACAAGAAGGAAAAAAGCAGGUGAUAGCAGGACACGUGACUGUGGGACGGGAAACAUUGUUUCACAAGUUGUUCUUUCUUUCUUCCAGAUUAACAACAGCACAUUAAUUCUGCAAUGACCACAUGGGAAAAGGACACAUCGGCUCACGCUGUUUAAAAAAUCCCGCCUGGUGUUGAUGGGAAGAAACUUUUUCAGGGAUCAGCUGAGCUCUGCUUUUUAGGUACUGGUAACUAACUUUGUUUACCUGUCGGCUAAAACUCACUGGAUUUACAGACUAAGUGAUGAUACAUGCUUAACAAAAUGCUUUAGGGCUCUGCUUUAUUUGAGGGACCACAAACACAACAGAGUCACAGAGAAGUAAUGCUGAAUUAAUCAUGAUUGCAAUACCUGGAAUUCAACAGAUUGUUUUUUUUUUUGUUUGUUUGUUUUGUUUUUGUCCAGUGUUUUAAACUGCACACUUACCUAUAAAGCAUUUAUGAACAUCAUAGAUAAUGCAUAAGUCAUGAUGAGUCACAUAGCUUAGAUAAUGUAAUGUAUGAGACCGUUAAUUCAUGUGAAACACUGUUAGUUCAUCAGAUUAUUCAUCCAUGUCAAGUGUUACCGAUCUGUGAAUAUUUUGUAAGAUACCAUAAUUCUAUGCAUAAAAAACAAAAUUAUGAAUGCUACAUACAUUGAACAGAUAUUGUUAUACAUUUUUCAGAUUUUUUAAGUAUUUCUGUAUCAGUUUAGGACGCUGUGUUAUUUUUGUUGAUGCUGCAUUCUGGCCUUGUUGUGCUAUUACUGUUCAUAGUGAGAAAGUUUCUAUUGUGACAAUUUUACUGUAUUAAAAAGUACAGUCCAAAGUAUUCUAA